AUGACUGCUGUGAAACGCUCUGAGGUCCUGGUCAGUGGACCAGAGGACAGGCAGAGUCCAGGACACCUGCAGAGAAAGACACGGGGUCAUGAGGACACUGCUCAGCUGACGGAGAGGAGGGACAACAGACUGACGGAGGAGCUGCUACCAACAGAGGGACACAACGGUAAAGGAGCUAUUUAAUUUUAUAAAUGCUUGGACAUAAAUGAGGCUUUUGGGAGACAGCACCAUAACCAACUUACUGACGUGAUUUUUCAGCUAGAAAAAAAAUGUGUCUAAUUCUAUGGUUGGUGAUGUUUCCAUGGCAACAGAUUCUCAAUCGAAAUGAGUCGUACCACCACUUAUGGUGUGAGUUACUUUGCAGAUAAAGUAACUCACACUAAACAGUCAUGCUGCUGUUGCCUGGAUUGCAGGACACACUGUGGAUUCACUUUUAGAGCCAGGUGGGGUUCAGUAGCUCCUCAGGCUGCUCUCAUAUCAAUGUCCACCAACUGUCAGCAGAGUCAUAGUACUUAACGCCAGGAUCCAAACUUAGACAUUUACUGCAUCUGGGCUCUGAUGAAGAUACUUGUUUGUUUCCUGUUUCUUGUUGUUUUUGUUUUCAUAUUCAGUUUGGAGCAGCUGUCUCCUGUACUCACACCCGUGGGAGCUCAUGUCUUUUUGCAACAGUUUUGCCAAGAUGACUUAAGAGAUUCCACAAAUCUUGAGUUUCGCUUGUUGCAGUAUAUAAAGAAUCAAUAAGAUGGAUUUCAAUAUACUUGUCAAAAGUAUCCUCCAAGUAGUUAUGUAAUAAAUGCUUGAUAUGCUUUUGAGAAGUAACAUUAAAAUAAUUGCAGACAUCAGGGUUUCACUUAAAAGACACAUCUUUUACUUGAAGAACAUUAAAUAUAUGGUUUUUGGUCAAAUUUCCUGCAUUCUGGUGAAUAUUUAUGCAACAUUCAGUUGUGGGAACUUCACUAUAUUAAAAAAAAUCACAAAAUUAUUCAUACAUAAUUAACAAAAAUGAGUGCAUCUUUCUGUGUGAGGCUUGCAUUGUAGUGAGAAUUCACCCGUUAUUUUUCAGAGUGAUUUUAAACCUGAGUAGUUAGAUGUGAAUCGAAAGACAAACACUUUCAUUGAGCAAAGACUCUCUGGAGUACAGAAGCGUAUUGCAUUCACUUACAAAAAAAAAAAAGAAAAGAAAACUGUUUUUUUUUAAACUUGAAUAAACUAAACAAGCGGGCCAUGUUUGCUUCCAGUAAAUCAAGCAGAGGGGGGUGAAAGCGUCUAAUUAAAGCGUCAAAUGAUCAUGAUCCCAGAGAAUAGGUAAAACAAUUAUUUCUGAAAAACAGAACAAAACAAAAAAAAUGUGCUCUGAAAAACAGAACAAAAAGUCCAAAAAACAGAAUAGAAAAAAAUUACUCUGAAAAACAGCGCAUUUUUUUUUAGGUGAAUGAAGUAUGCUUCAGCACAGGAGUAUUAAAUUUAGCUCACAAAUUUUGCAUGUCAUUUAAACAUUGACCUGAAACUGAUAAAGGAGGGCCUUUCCUAAACAUUUGAUAUCCCUAAGGGACAUCCAGUGGCACUUUGUUUCACAUUUUACAUACCAUAGGGACAAUUAAAAGGCCAUAUUUGUAUUUAAUGCACCAAUAGGGCAUCAAGAAGACACUUUUUUAUGUUUAACAUUUUAUGCUUGGACGGACAUUCAAAAGGGUUCGUUUUUGUGUAAUAUACAGAUUUGGCAGGGCACUUUUUAAAGUUUUAUAUACUGUACAUAAAAGCCACCCAGAGGGCAUUUUGCUCUAUACUUACUGCAUCUCGAGGUCACUUAUGUUCUUUCUCAUGAAAAAAUAUCUCAAAAGCCACUUUUUAGACAUGUUAUCUUCAGCUAUAAGAGCCGAUUUCACUCUUCUACUCUUCAUUUUAUGACGACACUUCUGCAGCAAUCUUUUUUCUUUUCUAGAAGUUCAAAUGCAUUUUUUUUCUUUGGACUGUUUGAGGAUAGAAAUAAGUCGAUGUUCGUUUUUCUUAUUUCGUGUUCACCCUAAAAACUCUUCCAUCGUGAAGGCACUUGUACUCUCUGCAAGUUCGAUCAUUAGGACAUGUUGUUUUCUUGGACUUUUAGAUGAUUGAUGAAGUUGUCGGAAUCAAUUAAAAAAGCAAAGAAUUAAACGCAAACAAGCUCACCUUCAUUUGAUAUGCAUGCUGUUGUUGUAAAAGAGUUUUUUAUAGUUGUUCCAGCCAACGUACACAGAGCAGGUAAACAGGUAAGAAUGUGAGUCACACGUCUCUGCCAAGAGCGACCGCGAGCCAGAUAAAACAAGACUGUUUGAACAUUUUAUUGAAUCCUUCUGAUGAUAAAUCCAUUCUGAAAUAUCUCUGCUCUUCAGCUUCACAGCCCAAAUCAGCCGCUAACAUCACAGAGCUGAAGGUGAAAGCAUCCGAGGAAUCCUGCGACUUAAAUCUUUAUUUUUAGACUCUGAGGAUAGUGAGAGCGACGCAGCGUUUCCCUCUCAGACCUGACAGAUUUUCCAUGAUGUCACGGGCAGUGAGGGGAGUGAGAGUAACCCGGGAGACAGUUGAACAUAAAGUGGAACCUCAUUCAAUCACUUAUGUCUUAAAGCUUAAAGCGCUGAUCGAGGCUUUGCUAUCAUUUCUAGACAAUAGAAACUACAAUGUAAAACAAGUCUGACACACUGGCCUGCUCUUGCGGUAAUGCGGGUGUCUACUCUGUUUGUUGUCCAAGCAGCAUCGACCAAUCAGAUAUAAGCAGGCUUUGGUCUUUGCGGGAAAAACAGUCUGUAUGGAGAGCAAAAGCAGGUGGAACAUAGGCCUUCAUUAUUACCAGCUCCCAUCAGCAAGAGAUUUGAAGACAAAACCUGACAACUCGCUACUACUUGUUGGUGGGUACAUAACACUAAUAUGGGAAGACGGUGGGAAAGAGAGGUAAAAUACGGUAGUUUCUCAACUAAAACAGGAUACUUGACAGCUACUGUAUGUCUGAAGACAAGUUUUUGAAACUAAUCAGCAUUUACAUAUCAUGACUUUUUUGAAUGCAUUAGAAAUGAAGCAUCUGAACCUUCACUUUACCAAUGUUGAUUUCUUCCCCUCUUGAAGAAAGACAUGACAGAGAUGAGACUCUCUUGGCUGGUAGUGAUACAUUGCUAACUGAUGGCUACACCAAGAUACAAGCUAGUUGAUGCAGUCUUUAGAUUUUUGGACUUAAUCCAACUUCUACUCUUGACUCUAGGAUUUGGUUUAUCUUUAAGUCAUGGUAUUUUGAUUCACUCACAUCUGUCCCCAGCAUUUUAAUUUAUAUUAUUGACAAGCCAAACUCAGUAAUAAAUGUGUUUUGAAUAUUUAAGCAACUUCCGAAGUUUUGUUUUUUUUAAGGGAAAAUUUCUUCAGGCUUCUGAAACACAUAUUUUUCUAUAACUGUGGAGAGCUGCUGGUUACAGUGAAGAUUUUUUUUCAUCGUAUUCACUACAAUAAGAUGAUAAAUGACACUGAUUAUAAAAGUUAUACAUGUAGAAACAAACAAAAACAUGUUUUCCCACUAUAAUGAAGUCAUUUGAGGUCACUUCAUUUUCAAAUUUGGGACAUAUUUUAAUUUCUUAUUCCAUAGUUUUCAUAGUUUAGCAGAAGAGUGUCUACACUGGAGUUUCUACUGAAUGACAUGUCUUUUCUUGGAUUAUCUUCUAGUUCUUCAUGUCUGUAAAAUCUCCUCAAACCGAAAGGAUAUGGAGGUUUUGUUUUGCCUUGAUUGAUCUUGUUGAAUAUUACAUUUUGACUAGAUUAUGCAAACAAAAAUCCUCAAACAACUUUCGCAUAUUUUACCACAUUUUUCAACACUGUGAUGUGAUGAUGUGCAAAAAAGAGCGUAAUAAGUCUGCAUAAGUCCCAGAUGGCUCAGUUGAAAAUGUAUCUGUCAUAAGCACUCUCUGUAAAACUGAACUAAAACAUCCCAAAAGUACACAAAAGUCACAAUUAUUGCAUAGUGCGUAGUAGAUAAUGCAUAGUGGGGCGGAGCUUGGAUUUGUGACAUAGGAAAUCUCAUUGUGUCUGAACCUGUCAUUUGGGUCUGUGAAAGAUUUACAGCAAUUUGAAUGAAGAAAUACAUCAGAAAUGCAAAUUUUUACUUGUUUUUCUCAUGAUAUGUCCUGCAGCAUCAGAAAAAUGCCAUAUGAACAUGUAGAAAACAAGAAAAACAUGAUUUUCAUUGGAGUGGUUCUUUAGAAUUUUAAAGAUUUGAUGGGAUCGGUAUUUUGAAGCUGUCAAGCUUUACGUCAUGGUUUCAGACCACAGUGAUGUAGCAUUUACUUAAAUCAUCUUGAAUAAUCUCAAUCAAAAAUUCAAGUGCAUGACGUAUUUGCAUGUUCUAGUGCAUUCAUUGAGCAUGCGAUCAAAAAUGUGAUUAAUCGCGGUCAAUAAACUUGAGCAGUUUGAAGGCGUUGCUUAUAAUUGUUGUUUUAUUUAAUGCAAACUUCUAAUCUCCACAUGUGGGUCUGUUUAUUGAGUGUGAUAAAAAUCUUGAGGAUUGAAGUUUCUGAGUUCAGAGAUCGUCUUUGGUCUGAAACUUUUCAUCGAACAGAUCUCUGCUAAUCUGCUCUCGAGUUUCUGACCUUCAGAGAUGUUGAUUUGGUUCCACCUCCUGUUACACUUGACUGAACUUUAAAUAAAAUCAGAGGUUAGUCUGGUACAAAUGUGGGUAAAACUCUCCUGAGUGGAGUCAGACUGUAGGGGGCUCAGAGCGUUUGGCAGCUUCAGACUCUCCGACACCUGCAGGAAAAAAAAAAAAUCAGCUCUCAUUUCUGCGCUCUGGUUUUGCUUUCGAGCAGAGUGGAUUCCUCUCUGAUUUGAGGGAGGCUGCAGGUUUUUCUCUCAUCUGGAGGAGAUUAUUGCAGCUGAUAGACGUGAUCAACCCGACUCUUCAUCAUCUCAUGCAGGUUAAUGUUGGCUCUGCGGAGCUUCGCGUGUUCACGAGGCACCGACUGAUUCAUUGCCUUCACUGUCUGAUUGUAGAUGUGACUCGUGCCUGUGGUGAAAGUUUGAACUUCUGCAGGAAAAGCUUUCAAAUGAACAUAAUGAACAGAUAUUACUCCACUCAUGAGCAGAACUUUUUGUUCUGUAAAUACAGGGAGACAAGAUGUUUACCCUUCGGUCCUCAUUAAAGCGUUUCUCCAGCUCUGCCAGAAGUAACAUCAGAGCCCCGAUCAGCAGAAAACCCGAGCACCAUGACAAAAACCAACAUUUUUUUUUGCAUUAGGAAACAGGUGGAAUGUGUACAGAUGCAUAUUUUCUGCUGUUGUUUUUAGCUGCUAAUCCACCCGUAAAAUUACUCACAUGUUCAUUCAUCAUCUGAGCGAGGCCGAGCGGAGCAGCGGGGCUGAGACGAGGAGCGAGGGGAACAUUAGCGAGGGCAGAUUUUACCUCAGAGCGCACGGCCGUAAACAGUUUUAUUAUUUAUCCAACCAGCCCGUGUGACGUGAUGAAAAAGCUGCAGGCAGAGCAUGAAAUAAUGUGUGUGUUCGACAGAAAGGUUGUGUUUGUAGUGCCGGCCCAGGUUUGUAAUUGGUUUCAUAUUUAGUAUUGAGAGGUAGAGCAGCCUUUAGUGAGCUCACACACACAUAAAUAAAUCUUUUUACCUUUGUUACAAAAAUGCAGCGCUCUUCCUCAUGCCAAGAGCUCUGCUGCAGGACAUUGAUUGCCGAUUUUUUUUUUUUUUUUUUUAAGUUGUAAGCUUUGAAAUAUUUGUCUGGGUGAGCCAAAUGGUGUUCACCUAUCAGGAAUGUACAGUUAAAUUGUUCUGCUGCUAACAUAAAUACAGAGCGGGCUGCAGGGAGACGGCAGGCCCUGUGUGGAGAGCAGAGGAGCUCUCAAGUCCAUCAAUCUGCAAAUGUGUGAGAUCUGCUCCUGUCAUCACUGACACAAUAAGAGCAUGGAGCUACAAUUAAGACACAUCACUGCUGUUUGGCUGGAUGCUCAGAUGUCUGACAGAAAACUCAUUUCAAACACCGAAAAGAGACCAGAAAUGUGAGUAAUCAUCAAAUAAAUACCAAAGUGACUUUGUAACACAAGAAGUUUGUUCAAAAAGAGGAAUACAGUAUUUCCAGGAGAGGAGGACUUCUUGGAUCGCGUUACUAGCUGAGUAUUUUAAAUGGACUAAAGGUUUAAUAAUUUUUACACAGCUCAAACAGGGUAAAUGAAAAGGAGUAAAAAUAGAUGCUCAUGUGUGCAGAAUGGCAAAAAUAAUGCAAAUGUCCAUCAGUUGUGCAUCCUUAAAGUUCUUUAUUAGUUUUUAUAUCGAAACAGUCACUGCAAACAUUAAAAAAAACAUUUUAAAAGUACAUCCCUCAUUCAGUCAUAGAUCGGCUGGACAAAUUACAGACAUUGUCAUGUUAUGAAAUCGCAGCUAUGAUGAUCUUGAGGUCAAUCUGCUAAGAGGGUGCAAUAUGUUGUGUGCAUAGACUGUAUAGACUAUGGACAACUUGGCUCUGCCUUCCAUCAUUAUAAGAAUUUGAAGCCGUAUUCCUCUCGGUAUUUCCGGAAAUUUCUCCACUUCCUGUAACCACCACUUGUGCAGUAGCGUUGUACGCAUUUGGUGGAAGAGUCGCUGAGAGUCGCUGUGAUAACUAUCUGCUCAAACAGCGUAUCCCCCGGGUGAACUGUGAGAUCUUCAUACGCACAUGAUGGUAGCGCCGGUUGAAAACAGAAAGUAGAAGCUCCUGUAAUUAAAAAAAUAGGCUACCUCCUGUGCCUUUGUGUUUCCUCUUUAUCCACCAUGUUUGCAGGUUGCUGAAGGAUUGCAUAUUUGUCCAAGUUAUUUGGAAUAACUUUUGUAGAUGUACCCAUCUUGUUUCCACUUCUGGUUUUGGCCGUUGGCUACCUUUUUCCGACAUUGUAACUGAAAUGCUGAUAACCAGCCCCAACUUCUGAGGUAAAUGGAACACACCAUCAGUCUUCAUAAAUACCUCCAGCUCAUCACUUUUUUUGGGCAGAGAGUUGACAUUUCCCACGAUGACUGAUGGAAGAAAGUGCCUAUAGCUUUCAGCAUUGCCUUCACCUGUGCACCAGCUCAGCAACCAUUAAAACACCUCCAGUUGUCUGCUAGAAACAAAUGUUGUCCAGACCUGCUCUGUCUCAAUGACAGAAGCUCCUCUGCUGGACAACUUCCUCUACCUACAGAAACAUCCAUCAGCAGCCGGAAAAUCCCGUAAAAAAUAAAGCAUAGCGCUACUUCUGGCAGGUCACCAUGUCAAGCACUGAUCCACAGCCAAUGGCAAGUAGCCACCUCGACCAGCUGAUGGCCAAGCUAUUUCCUCCUAGCUCCUAUUGGUCCUAUGCCUUUAGAGCGCCCUAUUUAAAACUGCACUAACCCAGCCUCUUCCUCUGCUUUGACAGCCAACCAGCAACCCACCUCCUCCACCCUUGUGCCGGCUAAACUGCUCCACUACCUUUAAGCACUCCUGUUCCAGGGUGUUCUGUUCAUCCCUGCUCUACCCCCUGUUGUUUCUGCCUCCAUGAUUCCUCAUGAAUGGCGGGAAGGUGCUCUUCCUGCCGCUGCUCUCUCACGCAUGCUUGCGUGGAGAACGGAGGGCCCCGAAUAGAACCUUGCAUGCGCUCCCCGCUACGGCUUGUGAAGGGCAGGAAGGGGCUAUACCUGCCUCUGGCUUCCGCGCAAGUGCGUGGAAGGACAGGGACCUAGGGAACUAUGCCGCCAAAUUUAACUUUGCACAAUAAAGCUGAAUUUUGACAAAGUGAUCCUGACUGAAACAUGGAAAAGUUGCCGAAAAUUCAGAGACCAUACAUUGCUUUUUCUUGGUUGAGUCCAGAUUUUAAAGUGUUUAGAGACAGUGAAAUAUUGAAUACGUUGAGGCUCCAUAUUUAGUCAGCAGGAGGAACGUCAGAGUGUCCUCUCACCAUCUGGCUCGUGUGUUCAGGUUUUUGAGGGUUAAUAGAAGUUAUUUUGAUUUCAUGGCUUUUAUUAUUAUUAUUUCUAUUAAAAGGAUUUCCAGAUUUGAAGCUGCCGUUCGCUGGAAACAAAAACUGUGCCUCAAACUUUCCGUGAUUGUCGCUAAUAUUCACUGUGGAUAUAAGCAGGGACAAAUGUAAUAUAGAGGGAAUUAAAGGACUUAUUCUGGAAGCUUCCAUUAAAAGUUUUCAUUAUUCGUCACGAAAGAGGCAAUUAGAGGAGUGCCCCUCGCUCGUCUGUCACCACAGAGACCAGCCGUGUUUAUUAUAAAGGGUUUAAUAUGGAGACAGACAGACAUGAAGACAGGAGUGUUUUAUCGUAUAGAUUAUUCAUCAGUAACACGUGGUUUAACAACUUAUCAGCUGUUACUCAGACAGAUAAAGAACAUCCAGGAUUAUUAUCUCUCCAAAACUCCGGAAAAGAUUAGCUCAUAGCAUCCACUCGUCUAUUUUUAGAACCUCAAACAGUGGCAUAAUAAACAAAACGCUCAGAAAUUCAAUUAAGGAAGCAGUCGCCCACAAUGACCUGAAAAUAACCCAGAGUUAUUCUAAAACACAGGCCACCUCACAUGUGGUUUGGAAACAGGAGUGCCUUAAACCGCAGAUCGAGAGCGGCUGCCCAGAUUAAUGAAGAGUUUCUUUUUCCAGGUGUUGUAUUGUGGAUACAAGAGCUUUGAGCGCUUAAUUUUUUACCACCAGGAGAAAUCCUCACGGUAGAAAUGAAAACAGUAACACAAUAUACAGCUCUGAUCAGGCUCGCUGUGCAAAGAGAGCAGGAGAGGAUUCAAGACCAGAGGGAGGGAGCAGGAGGGGGGACGUUCUCUGAGAUUGAUGCCAUGACUGGAACCUGAACAAGAGUCUGAGACACACGUUCCUGUGGAAAUGGUUUGAGAUUUUAACCUUUAACCAAACAUGCUAACAAAUUCAGGGUAGAAUAUUCUCAAUAGAAGUCAGCUACAAGCUGCUUAGUGUGCUGAAAGUGCUGAAUUUGAUCCAUUUUUGAAAAUAACCACACAAAAAACUUUGAUAAAGACAAAUUUUAAUGGUGUGAAAAUAAUCAUAUAUCCUGAUUCAAUUGAAAACAGUGUAACGAAAGUCAUUUUAAAGUUUUAAACUGAAACAUUUGAUUGUUUUAUUAAAAUGUACGAUCAGUUUAAAUUUGAUGCCAACAUUAUGUGUCAAAAAUGUUAAAACGGGAAACACCAAACACUGAAAAAGUUGUGCAGUCUUAAACAAAACCAUCUGGAGGAACAAAUCUAAGAUAAUAGGGUUCAUUUACAACAGUUUAUGACCAGAGAAAAAGCACAACAAAGAGUCUGAGUCUCUUCAAAGUCAAGAUGGGAAGAGGAUCACCGCUUUUUGAGAGCCUGUGUGAGCUAACAGUUUAAUGAUUUCAGCAAGAUUUCAAAGAAGUGUUUUCUUCAUCUGCAGGAUAAUAGUAAAAUAAUCAUAGAAUCUGGAGAAAUCUCAUCAAACCCUCCUCCUGUGUUAGGGUCAGCACCGACCUGUUUAUCAUUUCAAAUACGUAAAAGAACCAUACAAUUUUUUGUAUUAUUUUUUGCAUUAAGACUUUUUGACUUAGUCAAGAACAUCUAUUUCAACACAAUUUAAAAAAUAAAUUUCAAUUGACUAAAUUAUAAAACGCUCUUAUCAAUAUUAUGGCACUUACCAUGUUAGGGUUGCAGUCGACCCGGUUAGAUUUAAAAUCAAUAAUUAGAGCAAAAAGUUAAAUCAUAUGCGCACUGUAAGGCACCACACUGACAGUCAGAUCUUCUUCCAAUCAUGUGAGAUUUAGGAAAUUCUCAUUUUGCCUGGUUUUUCUCAAAAAACUACGUUGGGCAUGUCCCGACAUGUGAGAUUAAUUCAGUAUAGAUGUCUGUAUGAGGGGUAUAGUGACAAAGAAAGGCCCAGAGGACCACAUCAAAAAAUAUUAUUAGCAGUGUUUUCAUAGAUAAAGAAGCCUUACAAAGUAACCUAAAGAUGAGAACCAAACUGGAUGAUCGAGAGUUGAUUUUAAUGUACAGCUGAUUUAAGACACGGGUUGAAACUGACCCAUCAACAUAGCGGGUAUGUAGUGACAGCUAACACAGGAAGAAGGUAAAAGGGACCAGGCCCUGAACACAGACACAGGAUUGUCUUGAUCUUCAGGCCCUGCAUUUAAAACUAAUCUGACUCUGCAGUUGAAAUCACCACAUCGGCUCAAAAUCACUUUUAAAACACUUGUUUGUUGACACUCUGUUCCAAAGCCAGCAUUUAGCACAUCUGGAAAGAAAUACUCAAUAAUGCUCAAUAAUAUACUGUAUGUAUGCGGCUUUUGGAACAAUAUAUGCUGCCAUCCAGAAAAUACCUUUUUCAAAGGCAGACCUUCAUUUUUCAGCAAAACGAUGCCAAACCACAUUCUGCACAUAUUACAACAGCAUGGCUUUGUGAAAGAGCAACUCCUUCUUUCUCUUUGUUUUAUUGGUUUAGGUUAGAAAGAGUGUGUGCAGUUUGGCUGGGAGUCUGUAUGUACUGGGAUAUACAUCUCUUUCUUUACUCAUAUGAUAACUGUUCCCAUGAGGAUGCACAAUUCAUCGAUUUAUGAUCGUCUGUGGUUAAUACACUCACAACUGACCAGAACAUCCCACGACACCACUUCAAAAUGAACUACCUUUCCGCCUAUCACACCACCUAAUGAAGACAAAACAAAGAGUAACUGUCUGAAACAGGUAUUGUUGACUCAGGAUUUUUCUGGUUUGAUUCUUUCCAGGACUGGAGACUUCUUAGAAACUUGAAAAACAAUUCAAGAUCAAAAAACCGAGCACGGUGCGUGCAGAGUUCUAAUGCCACAAUAAACAUAACCUCUAAUUACAGCUCUCUGCAAAUGAUGUGCAACAAUAACGACUGCUGCUCCGUUUUGUUCUCAUUUCUGUUUAAUUGCAUUCACAGAUCAUGAAAGUCUCACAUUAAGGCUUCCAGCUUAUGUGUUUUUGCUUUUACCAGAAUAAUGCACCGUUUAAACAAAAAACAACAAACCUGGAUCGGUUGAGUCCAGCAGGUCCUGCUCUUAAUAACUGAUCAGAGUGGAGCGUGGAGCUGCACAGAACCGGAGAGAGCACAAAGGGUUGCAUGCAAUCUGAAAUCAUCCCCCCUCCCUCUGACAUCCUCGUGUGUUGUGAAUCAUAAAAAAAAGAAUUCAUUUUAUGGUUUUACUGCUCAGGAACCCGGGUACGCAUGUGUCAAAAUAAAGGGAGAGUUAGAACCACAUGUUAAUGUGAAUGGAGACAGCUGGAUGUGAUUAUAGAGCUGCAGAUGAUAGAAACACACACACACACACACACACACACAGGCUGCUCACGGGAGAACACAACACAUCACAGCGGCUCAAAGUGGAGAAGACAACUUUAUAACAGAUUUGAUUUUAUAAAAUGACUCACUGAGGAAAACACACUGCAUCAGUGUUGAUGAACACAUGACCUCUGCUGAUUUUACAUUAAUUAUGAUGAAUAGUUACCUGUUGCCUCUCUUUCUCUCUCUCUCUGUCUGUGGGCUUGUUGAGAAGCUUUCUUCAGGUGUUGUGUAGUUUUCAUGUCCAGUUUUCCUGCACAGGCUUAAUCUUUAUUUCUAUACUGACCUUAUUGUAAUGCUUUAUCAAUAAAUAAUCCAUCCAUCCAUCUUCUAUCUUAAAAAACAAUAAAUAGCUCUUCAAUCCAGCUUUUUGCCCAGUACUCAACUUUCCAUAGCUACUUUUGAUAGAGAUAUUGAUUCCCAUCUGCAUGCUUGAUUUUGUUGCCAAGCAUUCUGUUAUGUAUUAUUUAUUGUAUUCUAUUAUAAAAAGGCUAUGUGGUGCUUACAAAGGCCAUAAAUCCAUAUUAAGGAUAAAGAUUCCCUACCCUACACUGGAAAACAUGUCAUCUAUCUAAUCGCUCAACAACAUCUGGAUCUUUGCUGGAUUUAGAGUCUCCGUCUGAGUUUAUGCCAGGCUUUUUUCUGCAAGUCAGACUGAUUGGUAACUUCACAAUAAAAUACCAAAAACUGUUAAAUUGGACUUUUUUUCUGAGAAUUAUGAUUUAGUGCCAACCUGCUGCACCCUGAGAGAAAGAUAGAGACUCAUUAAUGUCACGUUUUUUCACAGUUUUGUCAGACAUGCAGGGCUACAGGGCUGUUUCACAGCUUUUUUAUUUGUUGAUGUCAUGCUUCUGCUAUACCCGACCAUAUGGCCCUAUAUUCUGGUGGAUGGUGUAAAAAAGAUGUUAGUUUUUAUCAUCGUUUUAAUUAUUAAUAGUUACUGAUUGAUGUAGUGGUAAGCAGAGACAAUUUAUCUGCACUUUUACUUUUUUAAAAUUCAAAUAGGAACAAAAACAAAAGCCACGGACAUCUCCUUAAAACACAAUAACUACCUUACAUUCCCACUCCAAUUGUUUUUUUUCUCUCCUUGAAGUGUUCUUAGUGGUCUUUAAAUCGUGAUUAUAAAGUUUUUAGCCAAAAUCACGUUAACUGUCAUUUUCAAGGUCUUUUCUUCUGCAGAGCUCCAGUAGCUCAUUAGCAAUUCGCCUCUGAGUCGUGAGUGGAGACAGCACUGCUCUGCACACUCCUCUUUACUUUCCUCUUCACAUUAGCUUGGAGCCUAAAAUUGCCAGUGUUGUAGACGUGGCAGGUAACCUAGGAGUUAUUCAGCUCUCGGACACUAAUGUCUUUGGGACAUGAUGAAAGUAAAUAUCAUAAUUAGCUUUCUUACGAGCAUUGCAAUCCGCUACCGCACACGCUUGUUCCACCAUCCUCCUCUCUACUUCUCUGAAUCUGGCCUGCCCUGCAGAGCAAGGAUUCAGGGGCGGAGCUUGGAUUUGUGAUGUAGGAAUUCUCACUGUGUCUUAACCUGCCGGUUGGUUCUGCCAGAGAUUCACAGCAAUUUGAAUGCAGAAAUACGCAGAAAUACAAUUUUCCACAUAUUGUUGUUUUUUAAUAUGUCCUGUAUUAUCAGAAAAUUCCAUAUGAACUUGUAGACAACUAGAAAAACAUGAUUUUCAUCAGAGUGGGUCUUUAAAUUACUUAGUUGUUGAUUCAAACAAGGUUAUUAUUAUCAGUGGACCUCUGUGUCCUUAAAGAGGGUAUGUGGAUUGUUCUGGAAUUUUUGAUUUACAAAUUACAGACAUCGUCAUUUUCUCACACAGACAUCCUCCACAACCAUAAUGAACGAUCAGUGGUCUCUAGAUAGUACAAAUCCUGCACAUGUAGGGCUUUAGAGACCACACAGUCAUCUACAUGUAUCUCAGUUUGGAUAGAAAUCAAACUGUCAGACUUUGUGUGCAGAAGAAAAGAAGCGGUGGAAACUAGAACAUGAUGCCAUCCUUCAGCACUCCUCCAAAAAAUUAGUCCUGUGUUGUGGUUUAGCCAAAGCGUGCGUCCAGGUUGGAUGAAUCAGUGAUGGACAUCAGUGUUAACUUUGACAUGAAAUCCUGAUUUAGAUUUAGCUUCAACCAUUCACAGAAUAUUGUGGUUGAUAUCCGUGGAAGACAGAAUACCUCACUGUUUAGUCAUCUUGGUGAAUAAAGGGAAUUAUUCUCCAUUCUCAAUGAGCUAGAUCUCUACUAAACCCUACCAGCUUUGAGUCCGUCUGAUGUGUCCUGAUUUGAUCCGAAUACUCCCUCAGAUGUUCAUCACAGCUGGCUUCAUCAGCACGACUUACUACAUCUGAAUCUCUGGUGCCAAAUGCAUGCCAAAUCAGACUGUGGCUACUGUAAAACACUGUGCUUGACAACUCUUGAUUGCAAAUCCCCUCAGGGUGAAACAAGCCCCAUUUUCACGCAAGGGUCCUGCUUACCCUGUCUAGGUUACACUUCUCUCUUUGCAUUAUCCCAUACAUGAUUUAUGUAUGUGUAUUACCAUGCCACAAACACACGAACAGUCAGCUUUGGAAGGAGUUUGAGUGAAGGACAUUGAAAGAACCUCAGCAAAUGAAACAAAAUACAUGACAAGAACACAGGGCUUUGUUUCUGGAUGAGGUUCCUGGUUCAUGUCCAAAGUUGCAUUCAAGUACGCAGACUGCAGUAUAACUUCAGGGGUGGUAACAGUGAACUAACAGACUGUGUGUGUGUGUUCUAGUCAGAGGAAGCCUGAGGCCGAUUGUUGUGACUGAUAAUCCUCUCUAUCCGACGCUCAGACUCUGGCCUUCGCCCUGUUCCUGAUACGUUCUUCAUUAAAGUCUCGAGCCAGAAUCCCUCAAACGUUUCCUCCGAACACCUUCUAAAUGCUGCUUCUUCUAAAGGCCAAGUACAACAUGGCAGCAGGGUCAUAUUUUCAAAGGUUUCAGCUGACAUACCAGAAGCUAAGGAGAUCCUCUUCAGUAAAAACAACAGAAAACCACCUUUUAUAAGAGAUCAGGUCCAGCCGCUUGAACAGAGAUGCUAUCGGUGUCAGGUAUGUGUUCAUUACAGAUGUUCUCCAAUUAACGCUCAGAGCUGCAAUCUACUGUGAUCGUCCUCUGUUUAUGUACACUGCCCUUCAUUUAAACUACACCUUGGAAAUUUCAUUAAAGUGAAGAAGAGCUACAACAGGUAUCUGGCUUUAAAUCCUCUGUUUGCUUUGGUUUGAUGUAGACGGACGUCGAAUGGUACGAAACGUUGUGUUAGCCGGAUUUACCCUUUAAUUACUGACCAGAGAGACUAAGAGAGACUUUAUUUCUAAUAAGAAGAGGGAGAGCUGGGUGGAAGGUUGUUCGUUUUUAUUUGGUUUUAAUACAGAAAAGUAAGUAUGCACCUAUGUCAAAGUACAUAUCCUCUCUAUAAAUAGAAACUGCAGGGGAAAAUGUUACCGACAUGCCUCUGUUAUCCCCUGAGAUAAAACCAUAGACCGUGUGGACACCUUGGCUCCGCCCUCCGUCGUUAUUCGAAUUUGAAGCCGAAUUGCUCUCCAUAGUUCCGUGAUUUUCUUCUCUUCCUGGAACCACCACUUGCACAGUAGCAUUUACAUAUUCAGCGGGAGAGAUGUUGUGAUGAUAGUUGGCUCAAACAGCGUAUCCCCGGGUGAGCUACAAAUUCUUUGUACGCCCAUUGGCUGUAUCAAAUGUCUGAAGUGUCAAUCAUAGCAAAAAAAGAGGACUUGAGCACAAACCAGUCUGACAGUAACUACAUGUCAACAUCGCAACCAGGGGGGAGAAAAAUUUAUAUUCUGUGUAAUUCAUUUCUAAAGUUUGUCCACAGUGCCAUAGGGAUUGCUGGAAAAGGCGGGAUCUACGACCUAUACUGCGGCCCGUCACCAGAGGGUGCUGUUCUCGCGGUGGCUUCACACAGCGAGGAAGCAGACGGUGUCCAUUCUGUAUACAGUCUAUGGUUAAAACCAAAGAUUCUCCUUGUUUGUUUAGUAAUUUUACAUUGAUGUGAUUGCCCAAAAACUGUGUAAAAGAAACAAAGGUAGUAGUCUCCAAUUCUGCAUCCAUGCAGAGACAAAAGAUAAUCCAUAAAACAGAGAUAGGUGAUACCAAGCUAUUUACGUUCAAUACCAUUUUGUCAUAGAUCCUUUAUGCUGAUACUGAUACUUCUCAAUAUAAAUUAAAGAUGAUCUCCCAUGUUAGUCCACCUGAAAGCAUUAUAGAGACCAUAUUUUGAUAUUUUUAAAAGCAAAUCUAAUGUACUAAGCAAAAAAAAGUUACUACUAUGGAGGAGUAAAAAGUGUUCUGUGUGUCGUGAUGACAGUGAUGAUCGGAAAAGACACGCUCUUGUUUCACAGGAAGCAGAUGCCAAAACCUCUUUAUAUGGUCUUCAUUGGUAUCUUCGUUCAAUAUGGUGCCAGUUUUCAGAUAAAAAUCUGUCUGAAAAACACUGCAAACAAUUCUUAAUAUAUAAUGGAAAAACACCCAAUCUGGCAACGCAUCAAAACAGAAAACAGUAUGGAGGAGGCGGCAGAAGCGGCAUGUAGUUCUAGCCUACAGACAAGACAAAACUCAACAAACCAGUCGUAUGAUCGUUUAAACGAGUUAAAAUAAUGAUAAAAUAUUUGUGGCAACUGUGGCAAUCAUUUUUCAAAAUAAUAGCUUAAAGCAACAUGUGGGAAAAAAGGAAUGAAUUAGUUCAUUUUUGGAACAGUGAGCUUAGUUCAAAAUUUUGAAUUAUGAACUAUGAACUGAACUAGUUCAUGUAGAAAAUUUAUCAACUGAACUUUGAACUUGUUCAUGUAGAAAAUGAACUUUCCCAGCACUAAUUGGAGAUAUCCGUUGGGUAAAUUCCACUUCUUGUUCUGCACAGAAUACAAUAAGAUGUGGAGAUUUCACCGGCUGGAAAAGUUACUAGUUAGCUCACUGCUGUCUACAUUCUGUCCUCAUGUCACCGUUUCUGUGCAAAUGACCCGUCAACCAUCCAGUCUCUGGUCUUCCUGGUAUGUGUCCAGUGGUGGACAUGACCUUUGACCCGCAGUCUGAGCCAGCAGCAGAGCUCUCCAGAGAAUCUGAGGCAGCCGUCCCCGCAGGCUGAGAGUGUUCCCGUCUGACAGACAGGAAUGAUAAGAGUCGCCAGGCAGCACGUUCCCAAUCACCACGCAGACAAAUCCUGCAGUUAAACACAAGGUCACGCCGAAAACAGGCUCCACACUCAGUCUGCGUGUUUGACCGGUCCAAUGAUCCAACACACCAUGUCUCUGCUGGUUAAUUCUGAAGCUUUAACAACACGGUGAAAGUGAAACAUAAGAAAUCAUCUUUAACAACCUGCAGUGGGAUUCCCUUCCUUUGAAUUAAUAAAAAAAAUACUUUAACAGAUGAAAUCUUUACUCGUUUUCCAGCAGAUCACCAAGUCUUCCUGAUUAGAGUCACUAAGUCUAAAAUCUAGAUAACACUGAUCAUAAGAUGACCCUGCCUUUUUGGAUAAAUAUACUUUAUGAACUUUGUAUUUUUGAAAACCUUUCUAACUUAUGUCCAGCAAUAAAAGACAAAAAAAACUAAAAAGACACAUGGAGAUGGAAAAGCUGUUUCCUGUGCAGGUGAAGGGGUGAAAUCACUCAAAAACCCACUGUGACAAAGACUCUUGCUAUCUCCUUCACUAAUAGGCUGAUAGGUGAAAUUCACACGCUGACAGAGAUAACACCUGUGCCGUGUCUGUUUCUCCACUUUCUCCCUUCUCCUCGUCUGACAGGCGAGUUGUUUACGUGACAAAUUGCUCCUUGGACAAACUGGGUAGCAAACAUUUUUGAGCUGCCAGUCAGUUUGACGGACAGCUGAGGAAAGCAGCGGACAGUUUGCGAGUUCGUGUGAAGUAUGCAGAGAGAAAGUGCACACAUAGCUGAGGAGUCCCCCUAACACACACACACACACUUAGAGAGCAAGGCUAGCAGUGACCUGAGUGUGUGAGGGUGUAGAUGAGUGUCUCAGGGUGUGUACAUGUAGUGAAGUAUUUGAGUUUAAUAUAGACGUCUGCUUUUUCAAAUAGGCUUUGUGGAUACAUUUCACCUAUGGCGCUGGUAGGUAAGAGAAAAUGUAUAAUGAGCAGGUUGUAACUGCUGACUAAACCUCCAACAGGGUGAGACAAGAACCUCAACAUGAAGCAAAGUUUUUCAUGGUCUCAAAAGGUCAUUGGAAAUCAGACGUUCAAUCAAUCAAAAGUUUUAUGGGAACUUGAAAAACUAUCUCAAGAUCUUACUGAAGUUUCUUUAGAUCUUGCAAAAGUUUUAAAGGUCCUCUCAAAAGUUUUUGGGAGCUUUCCAAAUUUUGGCAUUUGUAAAAAGUUUUUGUGAUCUUGCAAAAAGUUUCUUGCCAUCUCACUUAAAUUCCUCAGGAUUUUGCAAAAGUUUUCUGGGAUUUUACAUUUUCAAACAAGCAGAUUUUUUUCCUGUGAAAUCAGGGGGAAAAACUUUAAGACAUUUCAGUUUGCACCAAAUGGAUAAAUAUAUAACAGAAAUUGCAGGAUCUUGCACGUGUUGCUCACAUUGCAAUAAAUGUCCCUCAGUUUCUAACACAAUCUUGCAAAAGCUUCUGAUAAUCUUGCAAAUAUUUUUGGAAACUCUGGCAAAAGUUAUUCCAAUCCUUUCAGAUUCUUUCUUCUUUUAAUUUCUUAUAAAACUUUCUGAUAAUAUUGCCAAAACAAUCAUCAGGAUCUUUCUUUUUUUUUCCAUCUAGAAAAGUUAAGAUCUUACGCCGUUGGUAAUAGUUGUGCACAAUUUCACAAGUUUUCCAUUUUUGUGAGUUCCCUUGGAUCUUGCAAACUUUUUUGGCGACUGGAACAAAUUUCUUAAAAUCUCAUAAACGUGAGUUUAACAGGAUCUAAGUUUCUUUGAAUCCUACAUAUAGCUAAGUUCAUUUUUUUACACCACAAAAUUUUCUCAGUAUCUCACCAAAGUCUUUCACGGUCUUGCAACAGUUUUUCUGGGAUUUUACAAAAUUUUCAUACAACCAAAAUUUUUUUUUUACAUGGAAUCUGGGGGAAAAAAAAUAAAUUUAUCUGGCUUUUACCAAAAUUUAAAAACCUUGCAAAAUGAUUUUCAGAUUUCACCAAAUUAAUAAAAAUCUUACAGAAAUUGUUAAAUCUUACAAGUGUUGUUCACAAUGUUACAACAAGUUUGUAAAUAUCUUACAGACAUUUCCAUCAUUAUGCCAAGAUCAUCAAAAUCUUCCUUGUUUUUGCCAUCUAGGAAAGUUUGGAUCUUGCACAGUUGCUAAUUAUCUUGCAGAAUCAUUUUAGGGUCUAGUACUAUCUUUCUCUGCUUUUUAUUGGCUGUCCUGGGAAUUUGCAACAUUUUUUGACAUCUGGUAAAAGUUACAUUUUUUGGCACAUCAAAAUUUUCCCAGGAUCUCAAAAUACUCACGUUUGCAGUGGUUUUCAACAUCUGGGAAAGUUACUUUUGAUCUUGCACAAGUUUCUUGAGAUUUUGAAAAAUGUUAAGAUCUUGCAAAUUUCCUUAAGAUCUUGAAACUAUAACUAACAAUCUUGCAAAACUUUUAGUAUCUCUGGCAAUGGCUACUAGGAUCUGGAAAAGUUCCUCAGUGUCUUGUAAACAUCUCUUACAAAUCUGCUCAAGUUUUAGGAUCUCUGACAAAAGUUACUCAGUUCCAAACAGUUCCAAGAAUCUUAUAAAAGUUCAGGAUUAAGCCAAAGUUUGUUUUUGUGUCGUUUAUUUGUCUUUGAGGGAUUAUAAAUUUGAAUAUCUUCAGUAGAGUCUAUGAGAUUAAAACUGCUUUAGAGUUCUGUCACCUCGAGUGUUAUACUCUUGGAAUGAAUUAUUCAUUGCUGCUGUCCUAACUGUAGCGUUCUGCGAGUUCCAAAUCAAAGUUAAAAGGUUAUUUCUAUCUGUAGGGAUAGUAACCAAGCAGCCAUGUUCGUUUGGAAUAAGAGUGCGCUGGUUAUUAAUAUUUUAUGACACAUCCAAGAGUCUGAUGCAUAAGAAGAGCUGCAGACCAAAAGAUGAUUCAGAAAGAACAACAUGUUGACAUUUUCUCCAACAUCACGGAGAAAAAAAGAUAACAACAGAGAGUGAGAAAAAUGACUGCAGGCUUCUGCUUUACUGUAUUCUAGCUGUGCCAACUGUGUGCUUAUCUGCGGAAAGGUGAUAAAACAGACGGUUCAAGUGGGCUGAGGUAAACGUGUGGAUGAAAUCACUCCAGACUUUGUUGUUUUUUCUCAAUGAACUUUAUGGUUGUUGCAGUUUUUGGUCUCUUUACAUAGAUUUUAGAUCCAGAUGUCAAAACAUGAUACCACAUCUAAGUAAUAAUAAUCAGUCACUGUUGUAAUCACUGGCAGCCACUCCGAGUCCAGCAUCAUUUCUCUACAGCCUUCCCUGCUGCCCUUCACUCCCCCUCGUCUCCCGGCUCGUGUGGAGCCUGUGAGUCGUUCAGCCUGCGAUCACGGCGCUGCUCCUCGACUCAGUGGACAGGCAGCCGGUGACAUCAUAGUUUACUGGGGAUGUGUGUCUGCUGGGGGGGGGGAAGGAGCCAGAGACUGACACCUCUGGUCACUGUGACACAAAAACUGUCUCACCCACUGAGUACACUCUGAGUCACAACGAGCCGUGAUAAAGCUGUGUGUUGGUUCUGAUCCGAACGGUGUGUCUGCCAGAUGACUAAGUCUUUGGGUUUUAUUCAAACUAUCUAAAAUACACGGAAGUGACGCUUAAUGGACAUAGAACAUUAGAGCAGGUACGACAGUAUUAAAGUCCUACAGCAGACACAAACAAAGAAAACUGUCAAGGUUAAUCAAUUAUACUUCCUAAAGACCCACUCCGAUGAAAAUCAUGUUUUUGCUUGUUGUCUACAUGUUCAUAAUGGCAUUUUUCUGAUGCUACAGGACAUAUCAUGAGAAAAAUAAGUGCAAAAUUGCAUUUCUGAUGUAUUUCGACAUUCAAAUCAAUGUGAAUCUCUGGCAGAUUCAGACCAUAGACUGUAUAUACUAUGGACAACUUGGUCCCGCCUUCCACCAGUUUAUGGAUUUGAGGCCGAAAAGCUCUCGGUAUUUCCGCGAUUUUUCGCCAAUUCCCAAAUUCAAAAUUGUGCAGUAGCUUUGUACGCAUUCUGUGGGAGAGUCACCGAGAGUCACUGGGAUGACGCUCAGCUGAAACAGUGUAUCCUCCGGGUGAGCUACGCAAUCUUCAUACAUCCAUAGGUUGUAUCAAGUUUUAAUCAUAGAAAACAUGAACCCCCUAAUAACUUUUAAAAAUGGAGUUGUAGAAAAAGUGGACUUGAGCACAAACCAGUCUUACAGUAACUACAUGUCAACAUCGCAACCAGGGGGGAGAAAAAAUUUAUAUUCUGUGUAAUAAAUUUCUAAAGUUUGUCCACAGCUCCAUAGGGAUUGCUGGAGGAGGCGGGAUUUAUGACCUAUACUGCAGCCCGUCACCAGAGGGUGCUGUUCUGAGGGUGGCUUCACCCAGUGAGGAGGCAGACGAAGUCCAUUCUAUAUACGGUCUAUGGUCUUAGACACAGUGAGAUUUCCUACGUAGCAAAUCCAAGCUCCGCCCCCGGAGCCCCACUAUGCAGGCCAGACUCAGAAAAGUAGAGAGUAGUGUGUGCAUUAGUUGAUUGAAAUGCUCGUAAGAAAGCUAACUAUGAUAUUAGCUUUCAUCAUGUCCCCAAAGACAGCUUCUAUGUUACCUGCUUCUUCUACUACACCGGCAAUGUUAGUCUACAAGGUAGCAUGAAGAGGAGUGUGCAGAGCAGCGCUGUCUCCGCCCACGACUCAGAGGCAAACUGCUAAUAAGCUACUGGAGCUCUGCAGAAGAAAAACCCUUGAAAAUGACAGGUAAUGUGAUUUUGGCUAAAAUGUUCAUAAUCUCACUGAGAACACUUUUUUUUACCAAGUAGGAAAAAAAAAGAUAAGAUAAAUUUACCAUCACUCUUGUACACCUUGUGCACUAAAGUGAACUUUAUGCUGGUUCUGGUCUGGAGCUAGAGCUGCUUUAGAGUUUGUACAGCUUGCAAACCCCACAAUAAAAAUCAAGAUAAAAUUAAUUUAUGCAGGAGCUUUUAAAGAAUGCAAGAUGUGAAAUAAUUAACUAGAGAUAGAAAUACAUGAUAUAGAUGAGAGAUGGGGCCUUUUGGAUGGAGAGGUUGGUCCAGAGGGCUGAAAGCGCUGAAAACCUCGACUCCAAAUGUACCGAGUCUGGAUUUGAGGAUGGAGAGCAGGUCGGUGUCUGACAGUCGGAGGCUCCUGUAAGCGGUGUGUGGGUGAAGUAGGUCAGAGAGGUACUGAGGAGUGAGGUCCUGGAGGAGUAGUAUUUUGUACUUGCUGCAUGAUUUUAUUGGGAGUCAGUGGAGGUAGUUGAGGUUUGGGGUGAUGUCCUGCCAGGGCUUGGUCCAGGCGAUAACCCUGGCAGCUGAGUUCUGAACAUACUGGAGCCUGUCCAGUGGUUUGCUGGGUACCCUGGACAGGACUUCAUUUCAGUAAUUAAAGCAAGAACCAGUUUGCUUACUUACUGUCAAGUGCUUCAAAUGGGCCAAGUCAUGACAUCACUGAAUAUUUGUCUGGUUUCCCAGCGUGGCGUCUUCAAGCACAACAACAAUGCAGGCCUCAAGUGUCUCAUUAAAAGUGCUGCACCUAGAUCUUCAAACAAACUGGUCCUUUUUUCUGGUCUUUGUGGGUUUUUUGAAAAACAUUUUUCACCUUCUAUUUGGUAGAAAUUAGUCCUGUAAUCCUUUUGAACACAGCUGUCAAUUUUUUAGCUGGACCUCCUCAGCACUGGCCUUUUUGAAGACCUAACAUACUGUUUUUAUGAAGAUGGUUGUCACAAAUCAAACCAGCCCCUGACCUCAGGUAGUCCUUUCUUGCCCCAGGACUCCAAGGAGUUGGUGAGGGCCAGUUCUUCAGUAGUUAGAUCACAACAAUGUAUUUUACUGUUGAUUUGUGAUGAAAAUCCAGAUGAGGAGUGGGGCCCCAGGCCACUAGGGGACCCCCAAGGGUUGACGAAUCUUACUCCACAAAAAUGUCAUGAAAUAUUGCAACCUCAUUAAACACCUAGUGGUCAAAUUCAAUGACAUCUUAGACAGGGCCCCAUGUCAUCCCUGUCGCACUGCUACAUGGCCUACGUCCAUCUUUACUGAAGUGUGUCAAUCAAAGUAACGUCAAAAUCAGUCAGUGAAUCAGUGAAGUGGAGCUACUUCUCAGGGAGUGAGAAAAGAAAGAGAGGUGCACACGCUCAUAGCAAAGCUGGAUCCACUUAGUUAUGUAGUAAUAAUGAUAAUUGUUUUUAAAAAGUUUCUGUUUCUGACCUCUUUUGUUGGUUUCAGAUAAUUUAUCAGAGGGGCCCCUUCAGAAUUUUCGCUUAGGGCCCAAGCUCACUCAAGAAUUAGAUUUUUGGCCUGAUUGAUGAUUUCAUUCUGUACCAGAGAGUUACUACAAACCAAACAAACAGGCUAACACUCUGAUCUCUAAUCUUGACAUUAGAAUAGUUUGUGGAAGAACUGUACUUUCUAAAGAAUAAAUCCACAGCUGAAGCCCUGAGCAGACAGUGUGGACACGGUGACCGUACACAGAGAGAUAAUCACACCAUAGAAGAGCGGUUUGUGUAUGAAGCUGUCUAUAAUGAAAUAAAGCUCAGUUGGGUGAAAGAGUUUGAAAGAAUUCUUCAGAUAUCUUAGUGAGAGUUGACAAAAUGUGUUGAGUCAUUGAUGAGAGCAGUUUCAGUUCUGAAUAAUGUUUACAAAGUCUGAGCUAAGGUUUUAUCAUGGAAACAAAUAUUUCAUCUGUGGACAUUUAUUAGAAAUGACCAAAGCUGUUUCAAGCCUUAAAGGUAGGGUUGGUAACCACGGCAAAACUAACAUGAAAUUUAAUGAAGCAUCUCCUCAAGACUUCGUCUCUGCUCUUUCCCCUCCUAUUGUAGCUCUUCCAAAACAACGCUCCCGCUCACACGCACGAGCAUUGUUGUCUGCCGAUUCACAACUACAGACUCAAAACUUUGAGACUUCAGAUUUGGAUGUCUUUGUACAGCAGGGACAAAGACGGUCAUGUUAGCAUCAGGAUGAUCACAUAACGAGCAACAUGGCUAAAUACUUGAUCAAGAUUAAAAAUUGCCCUGAGACAAACCAUCAACAUACCUUUCCAACAGAAAAUGAGCAACCAUGGCAUCACUUUUAAAGUUCUUGACCUCUUUCAGGUCGCUGUCCCAAUGUUGACUCUCGUUUUCGGCCUUGCUUUCUCCAAACUCUGUCUUGCUUUGGCCCUCUCUGCUUCCUUCUUACUUCUUGCUCUUUUUUUUGCAGGAGGAGCUGUCACCAUGGAUCUGGGCAUAGGUAGUUUCUCUGGUAUAGGUAGCUGUAUCCCUCUCAGCUCAGCUACGUACAUCGAAUGUGAUGUACGUAGAUGUGAGAAGAUCAUAAGUGUCCAUGGCAUGAGUAGUUUUCCCAUAUGUGAAGACUCUAUUAUUGCUAUACAACAAAUGCAAGUUUUGGAGCAUGAUAUGAAACCUUCCAGACAACUCCCUCUGCAGGAAGGACCUUGGGUAUUUCAGCAAGACAAUGAGAAACUAGAUUCUGUACGUUUAACAACAGCAUGGCUCUGUAGCAGAAGAGUUCGGGUCCUGAACUGGUCUGUAUACAGUCUUGACUUAUCACCCAUUAAAACCAUUUAGUACAUCACAAAAUGGGAAAACACAAGAGAAUUUAAUAAAGCUGUUAAAGUCUGCAAAAAAUAGAACUAAGCAGAUGAUGUUGGUUGAAAUGGUGGUUACACACAAUGAUCACAGCACACAUUUAAACCUUAUGAACGGAUGAAAAUCGAGAGAUAUGACAGCAAUGAAAAGGCGUCCAGGUGGGCCUUGAGUUUGGUUUGUGUGUUCUAGUCCUCCAUGAGGCAGACCACCUGUCCCAGUCUGCCUGCAGGGCCUGAAAACCAGCAGAACCAAUGAGGCAAAGGCAACACUUUUCCACAGUUCACAGUCUUGUUAGCUCAGUCAACAGCAUCAGCUCCGCUUUAUCCCAUCACUCUCAAUCACGACACUUUCCAAACUCGGAGAGGCUGGAGAGGUGUACUGGGGUUAACACUCACACAGACACACACAUAGACCACAAAGAUAAAACACACACUCACAUGCAGAACCCAGGGUCAACACGGACCCUCUGAGCGUCCCUGGGGUGUUAAAAGCGAGCAGCACCGUGUAGCAUUUGGUGCCCGUUUGUUGUUUCAGCUUUCUCGAUCCAGGGAAGAAGAAAGAAACGUUUGUCCAACCAAAUUACCUAUCGCAGGAAAAAUAAUACGAGACGCAACGUAGCGAGUCAACGGGCUGGCGCGAUGACGGCGUUAUUUCUUACUGACAGGUCGCAAAAAGUCAGGCCUCUCAGCGUCCUGCGGCAUGCAGAUAGCACAUGUAGCUCAGUGUUUGGUUUGAACGCGGUGCGGCAGAAAAUGUCACCUCUGAUGAAUGCUCUCAGCUCUGAUAAGACGUACAACUCUCGUAGGAAACACGUGCACACUCACACAGAUAAACACACACACAACCACACACACACACACACACAGACGUAGUUCUAUAAAUAAGUCCUUGGUCCUGCGGGUCAAAUGGAGUCCAGCCCAGCAGAUACCAGCUCUGUACCCGGGGAUGUCUGCUCUCUAUCUGUCAAACACUGACCCCAGUUCAGAUCACACUGCUGAGGAAUCUCAGUUAAAGUACUUUCUAAACCAGAUCUCAAACCGACCUGGGACCAGCGUCUGGAGCGGCUGUUUUGACGUCAUUAGUCCAAGAAGGGGUGGUUAGGGUGGGGUCAUACCAACAAAAACACAGCUCUGCUCGGUGUUCAUUGAGAGAAAGAAUGUUCUGGCUGACAGGCUGUUUCAGUCAGGCUGUUUGGGAAUGUUGGACCAGCUCUGGAGAUCCUAAUAGAAAAAUAUUUGGACUUUCCUUCUGCCCUCAGUUAGUCCUGUAGUGACGCUGUAGUGGGCAUGUAUCUCUGUGGAUCAUGAUGCAGAUCUUGUAUGCCAUACACUCUUUCUCUUAACUUUGCCGUGUUUCCACCAUAGACUGUAUAUACUAUGGACAACUUGGCUCCACCUUGCGUCAUUACACGAAUUUGAAACCGAAUUGCCCUCAGUAUUUCCGGGAUUUUAACCACUUCCUGGAACCACCACUUGUGCAGUAGCAUUGUACGAAUUCUUCAUACGCCCAUAGGCUGUAUCAAUUGUCAAUCAGAGAAAACAUGAACCACUGAAUAACUUUUAAAGCGCUCUGCAAAGAUGGUAAACACAGGGCCAGAUUCCCAGUUUGUCGUCGAUCCUGGUUUCCACCUGGAUUUACCAGUCCAGAAUAACCCUUUUAGCAUCAGGUACUACCAUAUUUUGGAAGCUAACCAGUUUCUUGACAGAUAUCCACUUCCACUCACGUCAACGCCAUGGUAUGCUCCGGUUAUGUUGCUGGGCAACGCGCCCAGAGUGCCGUCCCAGCACGACAAGUUCCCAAUAGUAAAAGUGUGACACGGGAAAGGCAGUUUGUUUUUAUCUGUGGUGCAUUCAAGUGCAGACUUGAGUUGUCUCCACACUCCUCACAAUCAACUUGGAGUCAAUCCACGGUUGACAAGUCCAGUGCUGUAGAGAUGAUUGACAACUGAGAGCGGUGACUGAGCUUGGCUUUUCCUUUUGAAUCUUCGUCUGCUAUCAUUUCUGCUUUCUUAGAAAAAUUAAUGGUUGAGUGUUCCUAUUAGGAAACAAAGACAGAGGAAUUUCCUUCUCAAACAAGACUCCUGUGUUACUAAAUCUAUUCAGGGUUAGGGUUGGAUUUAUGAUAGAUAAUAGAUUAUCGAGUUAUUUCCACUUAUAUUAAGUAAUUCGAUUUAAAUUUCACACAUUUCAACUUCAUUGGUUUCUCCUUAUAACCCCGUCAAGCUUGAUGAACCUGCCUGGCACUGAUGCUGUUUCUUCUACAAUGGGCCUUUCAUUCGAUGUGUUAGCCGCACACACAGACAGACAGACACACACACACACACACACACAGACACACACAUUAACAACAACAAAGUAGAUUCUGGGUUAUUAAAUUUCUGAUCGAGAAGUUUUGGGAAUGCCUCUAAAGCCUUCGAUAAUAGGAAGGAGUUAAAGUUAAGCUGGGGAGAUGCAAGCCCGUCUCUGCAGCUCCUGAAGCAUCACACACACACUUAAACGCACACUUAAACACACACACACCAGCGUGGCCACCUUCCAACGCCUGCAGACGGCAGCGGAGGCGAAGUCAAUUGCCGAAACCUAAACAACGACAAGAACACAAAACAGCGUCUCCCUGUGCUUUCAGUUUUCCAUGAUUUGGAGACAGUCUCUCCCUCUCUCUCUCUCUCUCUCUCUCUCUCUCUCUCUCUCUCCUCUCUCUCUCUCUCUCUCUCUUCCUCUCUCUCACUCAUGUUUUGGGAUUCCUCCUGGAUCGUUUGCAGCGCCGGCUUCUCUCAAACACGCUGACAUUUCCAGCCCGGCGGCAGACGUGCGCCGCUUGGACCCGCCGAGGCCCCUGAGGAGAGAACAGAGAGUGAAGGUGACAGAACAAAAAAGCAGAUAAAGAUAAAGACAGAAAGAGAGAAAGAGAGAGAGCAAAAAGAAAGAUGAGGCGGUUGGCUCGGCUAGUCUUUCUGUCACUUCUGGUUUGGAUUGGUCUCUCUCCCUCUGGAACUUUGUCUUUAUAAACCUCAGCUCAGACAAAGGGAAGAACCCUCUCCACACCUCACUCUUGACUUCCUCUUCCUCUACAUCAUACCUUCUUUCUUUUCCUCCAUCCUUUGAUAAUCUCUACACUUUAGACACUUUGUUUUCGUUCCAUACUCUCCACUUUUCAUUCCUUUCACAUGCUGGUCGUGAGAAACCUCCGUUUUCUGAUAAGACCGAUCGUGUUCUGAUAAAGAGCUGAAUCACUCUCGUCUCUUUCUGUCGACUAAUCCAGCCCCCGUCAUCUGACCUCAUUUCAGCCUGUUUACUUCCUACAUUUUCACAGUGAAGCUAAAUGAUGGUGAUGACUUGUAAAAGCAAAACUUCAGGCUCACUUGAACUAUUUAAAACACAUCAAGAGAACAGGCUGCAUGCUGGAGAACUGAAUUACAGUCAAAAGGCCGUUCAGCAUGUUGACACGGCAGCCAUUUUUCUCAGAUGUCGAGCACAGGUCACGGAGUUCAGUCGCCUUUAUAAUGCUGCCAUGCUCGGUCCAAAGCGCCAUUUCAAAUUCACUCAAGAAACAGAAAGACUGCUGGAUUUAGCAGCAUCCCUCUGGGUCGAAAAGGAAAUUUACAGUUAAAAGUCAUUUGGACAUUGGCCAGUUUUUAGGGUUAACAACCCUUUAGCCAACACAUUUUUCUGGCUGUUUUCAUGGGUUGCACGUUAAACAAGAGACGACCCAAUAGUAACAAGCUGACAGGGGACAUGUUUCAACUUACAGUAGCAGAGGCAGACAUGCUUUUGUCAAGAGUUUUAUUCUUGCCCAGAGCAUGUAAGAGUCAUCCAGUUAAGUCACCUAGUUGAGCUACACACAAAAAAAUGCUGGCUUAUUUUUUCAACCCAACCACUGGGUUGAGCCUUGGGUUAUUUUUAUGGAGUUGGGUGUUCUGAGUGCCCAAUUGGCAAGGUUUUUUAUGUUGGGAACAGAGUUAUUAGCUGUUGGGUUGUAACUUCUAUACAGUUUUGUUGGUUUAUUGUAAACUACCCAACACAUUGGGUUGACAUUCAGGCAUUUGAAACCAAGCACCACCCACUCACCAGAUUGAUGCCACAACUGCUGACGCGAGGAGACGUACAAAGCAAGGUUUGUUACAUUCCCACUAUUGCUUUACCAUAUAGAUGACUCAAUAUUAUUAUAUAAACCAUCAUUUUGUUCUUAAGAUGUAAGUUUGUGAAGCACUGUUGUGUACCAGCUUCUGCCUUCAGGAAUCGAUUGGUAGAUGAGCAAGCAAGUGGUGAGCCAACGUUAGAAGCAUAAAGUACAUUGCCUCAAACGUAGCAAGGUAACAUGUUAGCUGAUGAUUGGUGUGGUCAGAAAUAUUGAACUACUGCUUCAAUGGACUCACUGUCUUGAUGUUUCAGGUUGAUACGAACAAUCAAUGAAUGACUUUGUGAUGUGGAGUGGAGUGGAUGCAAGAUACAACCCCCUACCAAUCAAGAAUCGAUUGGUAGGUGAGCAAGCUAAUGGUUAGCCAAGGUUAGUAGCAUAAGCAGGUAACAUAGGAGCUAUUCAGCUCUUUGACCCUUUUGUCUUUAGAGGCAUGAUGAAAGUUAAUAUCGUAAUUAGCUUUCUUAAGAACAUUACAAUCCACUAACGCACACACUUGCUCCGUGAUUGCUCCAUGAUAAUUGCACCUUAACUAAAAAGAAAUUGUUUUAUCCGAUUACUACUUGAUUAAUCGAUGGAGUAUUCAGUAGAAUACUUGAUUACUAAAAUAUUCCACAGCUGCAGCCCUAUCAGCAACCACAUUAUGUGAAUAAAGACUCAACUUUUACCCAUGUGAGAGUCCAGGGGUGGGCUGAUUUGUGCAAAGGUAGCGUGUUUCUAUCUUGGAGGAGCAGAAAGCUUUUGUGCCCUGAUCUGAAGCCAAUGGCACAGUGCUUGCUUUCCUGAUAUUUACAGAGAUUUUAAGACUUUGAUGAGAUGAUGGUACUACGGCCACUAGAGUUCACAAUACACAUUUCUCUGCUUGUUACAAACAGAGGUGUACAGUGGUGCUCCUGCUCAUAAGGAAACAUUUUUCCCCUUGAUACAGUGAAACUGAGUGUUUAUUGGGACAGAGGGGCUGGAGACCCUUGACUCCAAACACCACAAUACAUUAAUAUGCUGUUCUCAGAAAGCUGUGAUGAGAAAACCCUCAUCACCAUCCCCUCACAAAACAGCUUCCCUGCAAUCACCUGCAGGGGGCCAAAUACUUUGGAUUGAGACCAUCCCAAAGCUCUCCAUCAUUAAUGUACGCAAGAAACCGACUCACGCACAACUAAAAGAUAUUUUUGAACAAAAACUUUACAAAACAAAAAAAAUGAAAUUAUCAAAACAGUCUUGUCUUUUGUCACUUUUUAAUAUCUGAAAGGAUGAGGACCCAGAGUUGGAUCCUGCUUGUGUGUCAUACAGGGGGUCUGCUGGGGCCCUCCAGUUCUGCGGCACAGUGAUACUGGUUCAUUGUUUUAUGGUAUUAUUGGAUGACCGUGUUUCGCUGAGAUCCACCAGCACAGGGACAGACAGCAGAGAGGAGAACGACUAUCAGAGACAGAGAAGAAAGAGAGCUCUCAGACUGACAACAUACAGCUGCUGCUGCUACUGGGGGAGGCCUCUGUGUCUGCUGUUUUACUAACUUGCACACACACUCAGACACACACACACAGGGAGUCUCACUCGUACAUGCAUGCAGGCACAUACACGAACACACCAAGACCUCUAGGACCCCCCACCCAUAUCCUGUGCACCUCUGACCCGACAACCUCAUCUCGUGUCGUCAAACAAACUUCUUACCCGUCUCAUCCCCUCCUCCACCUCCAAGUACUUCAGCACACACACAGUCCUCACUAAAAGUCCUCCUGUCCAUCUUCUCCUCCUGAUACCUGUACCUUUGUCUUUUUCUCCUCUAAUCCCCCCAUAUGCAUGACGGAUUAAACUGUUAAGGAGCCUGGGGCAGAGAUUUGCUGCUCAGCCCCAGUUGACCCCCCAACACUGAGUACACAUUACAUCAAACUACACACAGAAACCACCUCCGCUGGAGUCCACAGGCUCUGUGAGUGUGUCGGUCCACAUGUGCUAAGAGGUUCAAGACUAACUGUGGAGAUUAAUACAUUUCUGAUUAUCAGUAGAUAUAAAGAAACUAGAAAACGACUGUCCUGCACUUAUCAAACAUCUGUAUUUUCUUAUCCCAGCUGUUUUAAGAACGGAUUCGUUUUCUACUUUUACAUUAACUGUCUACGUGGUCUCACUUUUGAUAGUAAUGCAAGUGGCCUGGUGAAGAACCUGCUGCACUGAGAUAUUUUUAUGAAAAGGAUACAGUAUAAGUCUCAACUCAAAAGAUGAAGGGAGCUUUUACACCUACAUCGUUUGGUCCAAACUUUCAGACUUUUUGUUUAGUCCGAACCAAAAUGAUAGGUCUGAAACCUCCCCAGGACCUUGCUCCGGACCAAUCAGCCGGACCUUGGUCCAACCAAAAGAGGUGAAAGGUUUGGACCUUCGUACCAAAGACAAUGACGUAAGGAGUAGAAGUAUCCGUUAUUAUGUUGAAUGAAGAUUUUUCCAAAAACGAGAAAUGUUAUAAUAUUGUGCAUAAAGUCAAACCUCAAUAUUGACAUCUUAUCUUUUCAAGAGUUUUGCGACACACACUACUCUCCCGAGCCGGUGUUGCAAUGACUCGCAGGAUUGCAUCCUUUCUUUUCCUUUCCUGUCGUUAAGUUGUUGUCUAAAAUGAUCAAAUUCAUGAGACUUCCUCGGACCAGCCUCAUGUACAGCUCUUCAAGUUGUCCCUGCUGGAGGUAGAAAUUUUAAAAAAUAGUGAGAUGGUGGGAAUAAUGAUUUCUUUAAUGUUUACGCCAUUCAAGACCUGCGCUUUUUAAUGUGUUGACAUUAGACUCCUGCCAACCUAAUGACCAAUAAUUGUAAACUACAGAGACAUACAAAGCACGUAGUUGAUGGUGAUUUCAUGUAGGUUCAUCAUGUAGAGUCUGUUAGUCCGUUUAAUGAUAGUGUGAAAUGUAAACAGACAGAAACAAAUGUAAACAAUGUAACAAAAUCACGGACCAUGGUUCUGACCUUGGUUUGGACUUUUAGGUGUGAAAACACCCUAAAGCAGGCAGCAGUGGCAUGCUUAUGGGUGGAGCGGUUAGGUGCGUAGGCCACCGCUGCCCCCCACAUGUACGAAGUAGAUAAAACUUUAUAAAAUAUUUCCUCUCGUGCCCUCAAGAAAAAUUCCAGUGAGUAACAAAAAAGUGGCGUCUGGAUGCUCUUCUUAGUGGUUAAGAUCUAAUGAAGUGGCUUCUUAAAUCCCCCUCCAUGAUUGAAAUGUGAUAAGGCGUCGUAUUGGGAACCAAACCUGACCAUAGCGCAGUAAAAGUAACUUGUCAUACAACGCCUGUGAGUGAAGUUUCAUAUAAGAAGUUUUCAUGUUUUCUUUUUACAUGAUGAAACUUCCACUGCAAGUUGUUGCAUAAAUAUUUACCUGAAUGCAGGUAGUAAAGUAACAGAGACUGAAAUUUCCUGAGAGAGCUGAACCCUCCGACUAUUACUAGCACCAUAAUGUGUUAAAAUUAAACUGUGGGUUUCAGUGGUUUAAAAGCUAUUCCUGUUCUGUGACCUCCAGGCCAUCAAUCCUCCAAGUUGCUUAUCGAGGCUGAAACUAGUCUUGUUGUUUCUGCUUUAUGUUUACAGAAUUCCAGUGAGAGAUAGAAACAAUUAAAACUUACAAAAUGGUCUUAAAAUGCUGUUUAAGCAAAGCUUUCUUACUCAUGAGUUUCUUUGUUGUGGUGCCUCGAAUCAUUCAGCAGGGGCCCUUUUAUUCUCAGUGGCCCCUGUCCCUCUAACAGCUUGGUUACGCCACUGCCAGGCAGAGUGGACUGCCAAGGGAUUUGUAAUACGAGAGAUGAAUGAGGUAAAACUUUUGAUUUCGUGCAGUAAAACAGCUGAAAACAUGGUCCACAGUCAGCUCACUGGGGUCCAGCACAUGUUGUAUUAAUAUAAGAUCAGACAGCACAUGCUGGUACACUUCCUCCUCUGACACUUUGUCAGGCAGAUGGCCGAGGGGACAGCUGGAUUAGAGGAUGGCAUAAGAACAAAAAUAUUCAAAGCAUUUCAGAUACGUGACUGCUCCUCUCUGCAGCUACUGGUGCAUCAUUUAUUGGAACUGAUGCAAAGCCGAGCUUGAUAAAAAUAAAUCAAAUUCCAGACACAUCAUGUGCAGCGAGUAUUUGUAAAUCCUUUGCAGACUUCGGACAUCAUUUUCAUGGUAUUUUGUGCAGUUUUCAACUAGUUACAUCUGCUUUCUUUAAAACACCAGAAAUCACACAAAAACUAACAGUCGCGCUAUGAUCUAGAUGUCUGCACAGCUGGCCAAUAAACACACUGAGCUUAGUAGCAUUGAGAAACAUGUGUUUUUAACAUGCUCUAUGCAGAGGCAAGAGACUGAUGGCGCUCAGAGGAGCAUAAUGUUAAAUAAAGCAGAGUAUUGGGGUGUGACUAUCACACCCCGCUGCACAGUUAGUGUAUAUACUGCAGAAAUAUGCACUUGAAUCUGCCUGAAUGGUAAAUGAGCCCCCUCUCUGUCUUUUCUUUGUCUCACACACACACACACACACACACACACACGCACACACAUGUGCAGCUCGAGACAGUUCAGAUGAGACUUGUCACGUCCGUUGACAUUAGGCCCAAUUAAAGGGGAGGAUUAAGCCAGGGCUGUGUGACCUCAAUAGGAAUCUCUAUGAGACGCUGUGUGUAUGCUGUCAAACCCUCUGACAGACCUUCCCUUUAAGCACUUUCACCUGCUAAUUAAGACAUUACAUGUGUAUGCGUGUAUAUGUGUGUGUGUUAAAGUACAUAUGUGCACCUUCUGUGUUCAGUCCUCUUACAUUCAGGACAAAUGCACCCCCGAAUGACAGCGAUAAAUUCGCAGCCGGAGCAGCUUCUGUGUAAAUAUUUGACUCCUGCAUUGUGCGACUUUUUGGAGCUCAGCUCGGCAAACGUCAUCACAAACAUACAUGCCACGCCAUUCGUUACAUUAAAUUAUUCUAUGUUAUGACGUGUGCAUCUCGCUGCUGUGCGCGGAGGCUCUUCAGCAACAAAAGGCGAGCAGUGUUUAUGGUGCGAGGAGAUUAAAAUGGAUAGCACAGAGGCAGAAGCAGUGAGCUGUUUCUGGACGGAGCUCUCGGUGACUGAUUAGUGCAGUUUUUUUACACACUGUGCAGGAAAGGCAAUGUGGUAAUGACACUCUGCUUUUUAGGAUUCUUUGUAUUUACAGUAGCUAGCUUUAACAGAACAAGAAAGGAAGUUGGAGGAUAUUUUAAGGUGUUAAUGACUGGGGACAAAGUGUAGCCGGAGAUGUGGCUCAUGAGGACGAACAAAAAAGAUUUAUAAAAAGACAGAAGAGCAGCAUCGGGACCAAAUUUAAGGAGGAAUAUGAGGACUUAGAAGGAGUGCUGCAACAAAUCAAAAGGAUUUAAUAUUGUCUUGAUGCAAAUUUUUUAGCUACAACAUAAAUAUUUCAGUUUUUCAAAGAUGAGCAGUCACAGCUGGAGCUCAAGAGGUUAAACAGCUUAAGAAUUUCCCCUUCGACCUAUGAGACAGUAUCAAGUUUAAAGGUCCUGUAAGGAGUUUUUUGACAUUAAAGGAAUAGACUCAAACUCAUGUUGACUUUAUUUUACAUUGAAUAUGCGCAUCAAAAUAUACAUUUGACCUUCAUAAGUUUGUCCUAGACACUGCUGAAGCAAGUAGAAGACUUAAAAGUGAGGACUGCUUUAUCCACAGGGGCGCCAAGAUGUACAUAAAAAGAAAGUUCCUCUCAGGAGCUGUAAUUCUGUUUCUCAAAAUAAUAUUAUCUAAAAAAGUAGCUUAUAUUUAAAAUAAAGAAGUCAACUCCAGAUAUGACUGCAUUGGCUAUGUACGUUGAUGUUAUCAUAAUUACAUUUCUGCUAUGGAAAAACUAACGCUAGCUGUUUUGUUAGCCUGCAGGUUGUCAAUAUGUCUGACACCUACCCCCACCAGUGGUCUUAGAUGCAACAUUUAAAUAAACAUAAAUGAUCAGUCUAAUUACCAGUGGUCUUAAUUGCUUUUUGAGGUCCUAAAGAGAUAUUCAUCAUAAUAUACGCAUGUCUUGUAACCAGAUCAAAACACUCAGAAGAGCUUUAAAACUUUGUAUUUUUGGAUGCAGGUUUGAACCCCCCUCUCUACCCACACACACCGUGCCCUUUUGUGUGAUCAUUCGUCAUCAGUGUAGCUGAGGCGAAACGUGAGCUCUGGAGUCAAACCUGAAAUCACUCCAUUAAAAACAAACGAUCUUCCCAAGAGUAUCUAAAAACAGCGUAACAUUUUCUGAAAAUACCCCAUCAUUUUUCUUAGCAUGCGAGCAACAGUGUGCCAGGUUCAACUCGAGUUCAAGUCUAAAUAUAAGGUCUUUUAUUCUUUCUUUGACAUAUAAUUUUGCAUUAAAGCUCUGUUGUAAAAUAAAUUCAGCAAGAAAAGACAAUGACUGCUUCUCCUUGAUCUGGACUUUAGAUUGAUUGUUGCUCUCCGAAGUGUUUUCACUGAGACCUCCUAAACUUAUCACCAAUGAUCAUGUAUAAUCUGUGUUGGAUCUGUACUGAAAAGGAAAAAAAAGGAUGAUUAAAAGAUUUAAGUUGGUUUACAUGCACAGUAAAGUUAUGCUAUGAUUAAAGCUCAUUUAGGUGAUUUUACUAGAUUACUGUACUUGUCCCGGUUUACAAACACAAGGCGGGAAUCAGCUCAUUGGUCCACUUCUGCUUCAUUAAGUGACUUUAUCAAAAGUCAUGAUAGGAGCAGAAAGCAUGAUAGCACAGAUGACUCCUCGGGCUUACCUACAAACCUGAUUUCCUUAGUUAUAACUGAGAUCAUAAAAUCCCUCAGAGGAUCACUUGUUUAUCUGCUUCUGGUGAGUCUCAGUUUCACUGUAAAUAGUUACACAGAGGCUUCACCCUGAUUUUCUUGAGUGUUACAUGACUAAAAAGGAAAUUUCAGGCGUGUUUCUUAUCGGUACAAGCUGAGAUAUAAAUAGAUAAAUAAAUCUCUUAAAGGGAUAUUCCAGUGUAAAACUAACUUAGGGUCAAACACACCAUAACACAGAGUUAGAGCCCCUCUCGAGAGAUGAAUAGCAGAGAGACAUCACCCACUCUCCUCCAUCAGCUGCUUGUUUGUGGAGGAGCCCUGAUGAGUUGAUCACCGAGUGCAGCGGAGUUUCACAGCUCAAGGAAGAACAUUUAUGAUUAUUACUUCAUGGAAAUUCAAUCAGACUGAGACGCUAAGGCAGAAGAACUACCGCAUCUGCAGUGCAAAAUGAUUCAUAUGAUGAUUAUUACUUCAAGGAAAUGAUCCACUUUUUGGUUGAGGCUUGUGCAUGGAGAUGUAGACCGCUGUGUAUUGCUAUCGUGCAGUCGUUACUGAAGUUGGUAUAACUAUAACUAGAGGGGGGUGUCUAACUCAGUGUUAUGGUGUGUUUGACCCCAACUUAAUUUUAUGCCGGAAUAUCCCUUUAACUCCAGAUCAGUAAUCUUGACAGAACAUAACAAUCUAAUAAUAAAGAUCCUUUCUGGUAUAUAAACCUUGUGACUUUGCUCUACUGCCCUUUGCACAUAGAGAGUCAGACUGGUUCAGGGACAUGAUCACUGUCCAGCCUCGCUACAUUCUCAGCUGUAACCACAGAGCACUUUAAUCAGGGUUUAGAGGGACAGUGGCUCUCUGGAACAACAGCUAUCAGACUUUAACACCUGCUGUGCAACUAAAAAAAGAACACAUACAUGAAAUUCCCUGAACAUAUCUUCCUGGUGUGUUUUUCGGUGUCCUUAAGUUGCAUUAUAUUCUGCACAGAGUUUAAAUCAAGCGUUGGAGUAAACAGAGAAACCAUAGUUGUGUCCAGCUGAUGCUGUGUACUGACAGACAUUCAGGAGUCUCUAAGCUGCAGUUGUUCGGCUCCGCCCUCCGAGCAGAGCGGGCACAGAGCUGAGUUCAACUCUGACACAUGUCGGCCUGGUAUGUGGGAGCUGGAGGAAGGGAUGGCUUGUUGAAUAAAGGCUGGAGAAUCUGUUACUACACUGCUGAUAAGAUAAACCUCCUGUUCCUCAGCUGCUGGCUGACGGCACUUUGUGUAGCACUUACUUAUGUCCAGGUUGAUGAAUUAAAACCUAAAUCAAGAGGUUAAUACAAAACAAUGUUUCCACCGUCACAUGGUGGCUGCUGUCAUGAUCAUGGCUAAAUGUAAAUUAAGUAUUUGAACACGAACAGAAAAUAUAAGCUUCAAAUAAUGCAGUAACAAACUCCACUAACCUCCCUGUCAAGUGUCUGUUUAUACAUACUGUAUAUUUCUCCAUCUGUUCAUCCAUAUAUACCUUUAUUUAUCAUUCAUCCAUCUAACUGUCCAUCCACCUAUCAAUCCAUCGGUCUAAAUGACGAUCUACAUGUUCAUCAAUCCAUUCCUUUGUCUUUCCGUCCAACCAUCUACUAGUCUCUCUAUUCGUCGGUUUCAACCAUUUCAUCAAUUGUUUUUUUUUCCUAUUCAUCCACCAUUCAAUAUCUCUACAUCAAUUCUCCUGUUCAUGUUUUAUCCAGCCAUCUAUCAGUCCACCUAUUUGUGUAAUGAGCCAGAGUUAAAACGAAAGGGAAAGGACCCAAAUGCAGACAAAAAAAAAAGGAUUUAUAUCAAAAGAACUAAAUGAAAAACAGCAACAAAAACUUCCUUCAAACGUCCAACUGAAAAAUCCCGAAGGCAAAAAAAAAAAACAAGGAGCAAAAUCCAAAAGAUCAAAAGGGCACUGGGGAAAAAUUACAGGGAGACUCACUGGGGACACAAGCAUACAAACACACAUUAACAUACAGUGAACCAACAAGGACAGAGGGGAAGACAGGGACUAUAUACACACUGGGAAACGAGCAACAGGUGAGGCAAACGAGACACAGGUGAAACUCAUGGGUGAUUAACGAGGGAGGGAAAACUAGUAAAACCAGACUAGAAACACAAGGAAUCAACUCCUACAAAAUAAAACAGUUAACAAUGAAAAAUUAUUUAUGAAAUAAAACACUGAGAACAAGAGGGAAACAGGGUCAAACACAAACUGAAAACUCACAAGACAAUAGGGAAAAUAUACAAAAUGCACUCAAAUACAACCAGAGGGAAACUAAAUAAACAGAAAAUAUUGAGACAAUUCAGCCAUUAGUUCAUCCAUUCAUGCAUUUAUUUUCCACUAGUUUUUUCAUCUAUUCAUUAAUUCACCAAAUUAGCCAUCUUUACCUCUUUCUAGACAUCUCACUAUACACUGAUCUCUCCAUUUGUCUAUCCAACCCUCUUACUAUUAAUCAGAUUUUCCAUUUGUUGGUUCAGUUUAUCCAUUGCUUCAUACUUCAUUAUCCAUUGUUCAUUCUGUAAGUUCAUCCAUCCAUCAGUUCAUGGUUUUUAAUGUAUCUAUUAAUUCAUCCUUCACUAUCAAUUCUUCAGUUUGUAUUUUUCCUGAUUGCCAACAUUCAAAGCAUCAUGUGUUGUUUGUUCUUGUACCCUUGAAUAUUCUUGAUUCCAUCUCAAAAGUAUUUUAUGCAGUUUUUUUUUUUUUUUUUUGAAGUCUUAACUUUAUUGAGGACUAAAAAAGUCAUUUUGGGUAUGUGGUUCAUACAUGUUUUUAUUAAUUUCAUUCCGCUGUCUCGGCAUGUCGUGCACUGAAAAUACAUAUGUGCUGCCAAAGUACAUAGAAAGGAAUAGUGUACGUCAAAAGAUAAAGAAAAAAUAUGUUAUGUUGAUUUAAUCACAAACGAGUUAUGUAAGAAAAUGAAAACAUCUCAUAUACACUUUCUCACAGGGAAGUUCUUAUACAUUGAUGCAAAAAAUAGCAUUCAGCAGACAAUACUUGUUGCCCUGUUUGUUCUGACAUAAAAUUGUCAGUACAAUCAGAGUUUCAUGAAAGCUGAAGACUUAGGACUAUGAACACUCAGACCAGAGAAGAUCAGGUAUUGAUUGAUUGGUGGCGAUCUUGUAAACUGAUCUUGUAACUUUGUAGACAGUGGCCCCAAAUUGAGGGCAUCCCCUCAUUUGUCUGCACUGCAGUUCUGAAGUUAAAGGAGUCUGCCUCCUCCAUGUAAACAGAUGGGACAUGGGUCAAACUGUAAAAUCAAAAUACACUUUAAAUACAUUUUUCUUAAACAUGUUUUUUUGUCAUUAUAGUUGUUUCUUAUCAUGCUGAUUCACAUCAGUGUGUUCAUUUUUAUAACCAAUUCAGUUUGGUGCUACAUAAGAGGUUAACCAUGAAGGCUUCUGCAGAGAGGUAACAGUGAGAAUGUAACAGACACCAGUACAGAGUUGUUUUCUAAUAAGUCAACUUUUCAAUGCUUCAAACAGCUCAAACCACAGACUAUAUAUAGAAUGGACAUCGUCUUCCUCCUUGCUGGGUGAAGCCAUCGCGAGAACAGCACCCUCUGGUGAGGGGCUGCAGUAUAGGUCAUAAAUGCUGCCUCCUCCAGCAAUCCCUAUGGAGCUGUGGACAAACUUUAGAAAUUUAUUAGACAGAAUAUACAUUUCUCUACCCCCUGGUGUUGACAUAUAGUUAUUGUAAGAUUGGUUUGUGCUCAGGUUUCGGCGACUCUCCCACCGAAUGCGUACAACACUACUGUGCCAGUGGAGGUUCCAGGAAGUGGAGAAAAUUCCGGAAAUAUCGAGAGCAAUUCGGCUUCAAAUUCUUAUGACAGAGCCAAGUUGUCCAUAGUAUAUACAGUCUAUGGCUCAAACCCACAUAAUCUGAGGCAUCCUUGGACAAAAACCUUUGCUAAAUUACAUUGUAACAUCUUCAGGAAGGGGUUGGACAUUAAUGACACAUCUCCACCAAGAUGCAACCUUCGGUCCUGAGAAAUGUGGCCGAUGCAACAGGGUUAAAAACUGCAGGGGAGAAGGAAACCGCUGCAGAAAACACAAACAUACUAAGCCUGAAAAGCCCCCUUUUUAGAUCAAAAAUAAACAUGUUCACAGCUUGGUUCAAAGCAUUGUUUGGUCUGAGUAGCUGGGCUCCCACAGCAUCCACAGUAUGAGGGUAUUACGGUGACAAGAUCAGCAAAUCAGAUGUAUGGCUGACUUGACUGAUAGGUGGGCUGAUUGUAGCCAUUUACAAGAAAGCCAAAGGCCCGCCUCUGAUUGGUAGAGCGAAAGUUAGGUUGAGUCAGCAUUACCACAGAUAUGACUGCUGUUGGUCGGCUUCAAAACUCCAUUUCACACUUUGUCCAGUUAUAAUCUCUACCAGCCAUUUUCUCAUGCACAGACUUAAGGGGUAUUCUAUUCUAUUCUAUAAGCAAAUGUCCAACCCCCUCCAUUUGAAAAAAAAAGUCAUGUACACACAUUAUCGUUUUCAAAUAAAAUGCUAUCCACACAAAACCGCAAAAGUGUGCUAUUGACCGCAGUUAUAAGGAUGUUGGUAGUAUUUGCCAAUAAGUUAGACCCAUUCUAUCCAAUCAGAGCAAGCUUCCUUUUCUCGUUGUCUCUUCCCCAAACAUGAAACAAAAGGGUUGUAUAGUUUUUCGUGUGCACUGACAAAGAGGUGGAAAUGCUUUUAAGCAUUGUUUAGGACUAUUAAGUCAAGAAGACACAAGAAAAGUGGAAGAAUGGUUAUUUGGUGUAGAAACGUAAAGACAUUUUAAAAAUUAUUCAUUUUAGCAAAUACCCAGCUACAUGUGGAACAUUGGUAAUAUGUUGUCAGUAUUGUUUAAGAAAAAGCUCAAAGGAAAAGGUCCGGGUAUGGCUUUGUGGUUCAGUCCCGGAUACAGAGUGCCCGUGCACAGAGGAUGUAGUCUUUAACCUGCAGCCAUGUUUCCUGCUCUUUUUACACAGUUCUAUCCUCUUAACAGCAGCACAGAAAGCCAAUAUAUAACAACGACAUAGCAUAUUUUGCACAUGAAGUUUGGAGCAGGUAGAUGUAGGCUGACAGGUUGUUUUUCCACCUUUCUCCUGGCUGUUCUGCUGCUCCUCUAUCAGCCUCACUAUCUCUCUCUCCCCAUCCAGCCCUCCCUCGCUCCCCUCUAAUGACAGCCAGCCGGGCUGAUAGGCAGAUAUAUUUACACUGGUGGCAGGGGAGGAAGGAGUCAUCAGCCAGGCCCUGUCCAGCCUUCGGGCUCUAUAGUGGGCAGGGCUUAGAGGAAAGCCUUGCCGGGUAGCCCCUCCCCAAGCAGGGCAUAUCUGAGUGUGCUGUCCCGGGCCGGCUCAGAGUUCUCAGCUGGAUGGGACCACAGCUUCUCUGGCCCCAGACUCGCACAGACACGCACACACGCACACACAGAGGAGAGGAGAGGAGAGGAAAACACAGAGAGAGCAGAAGAGAUCCAGCCUGUGUCUGUGUGUGUGUUAUGAUUUUUCCACACACCAGUGUUCUUGUAGAGCUGUUGAUGAGGCAGCCCGGGUCAGCUCCACCUCAUCUCAGUGUGGCGCCCCGAAGCGGUCGCAGGGGUCGAAGUGCCGGCGGCUUCUUGAGUGUGUGUGACUUAACUUUGCUACUUUUGAACACUGGAACUGUACUGUAAGCAUUAUGACUCUUCUGGGCUCUGAGCACUCCAUACUCAUACGAAGCAAGUUUAGAUCAGGUAAGGAAGAAACCAAUAUUUUGACAUGUGACUUCUUUUUACGUCUGUCCUCUCUGUAUCUCUGUAUUUCUGCAGCUUGCAUGUCAACACCUGACAUUUUCAGAGGAUGCUGCUCACAUUAUGUCAUUCAUCUGUCUUGUUUCAACACAAUUUGUUCUCCUGUAGAGUGACAGGUGUGAGUAAUAAACUGGGAUCACGUGACUCUGCAUGGCACACAGGAUUGAGCCUUCAUGACGCGUCCUGUCAAAGUGAGAUAGAUUUAUUCCUCGGGCGUGUUCUUUGACGGUUCUCGUAAAAAUCCUGACAUGCAGGGUGACAUCCCGGGCAGGUUGGUGCACUUGCAUCGUGCCAACCUGCUGCAGAGAAAAGCCUGUGCACGCUGAUAAAGAGAGAUUACACACCACGCAGGGGUCAGAGGUUAUCUUAAUAAGGCUGAAUUGGAAGCUGAUGGUGUGUGUGUGUGCGCAAACAUGUGAGUGUGUGUGUGUGUUUACCUGGGUAUAUCAAAGGGGGAGGAAGGGUACAGCGCUGAUUUAAACUCCCUUUAACACACAGCAGCUGUCCGGGCUUUGUGUUCAUCUGCCUCCCUCACAUCCACACACUUGAAUUCACUUACUUUCUCAUUCACACACUUUCUUUGGCUUUAUUUUGAAGAUGUAUGAGGCUGAGUGUGUGUUUGUCAAGUGUGUGUAGUCUGACCAACACUGCCACCUCCCUGAGGAACAUGUUACUGAUCUUAGAGCGCGCAAAUCCAGCUCUGUGUUCUCAAAGCGUUCACAUACGUUGUACAUUAUCGCCUUUAAAAGCAACUCUUCACCCUGUUGUGAAUGAACAAACUGGAGGCUUUUGCUUGCUUUCAGUUUGCUUGUGAGCUGUAAUUGCGUUCCAGGGUAAAUGAUGCUUUUCCUCUGAGUUGUUUAGAGCAGAGCGGCAGGGUGGGAAAUGACCCCCAGCGCUCUGGGGGGACAUUAUGAGGGGUGGUGUUCGAAAGCAGCAGGAGGUUUAUGCUCUGUGUUGUUUUAACUCUUAUGCUUGAGCUGUUUAAUUUAUCACAGAUGUAAAGAAAGUAUCUUUAAAGGUCAUCUCUCUGUUCGUGCGCUUGAUGUUUCAGUCAGGGAUUAAUGUUCGGUGAUACACACGACUUGUUGAGUGAAUUUAUGAGUGCACACAUGAAAUACGAAGCGUAAGAGAAGUAAAACUCUCCUUAUGAUAACUGCUGGUGACAGGGGGAGUCUUAAACAAUCAAGUUCGGCAGGAUUUACAGCUUCUCUGUCAGAUGCAGAAGCUCCUGUUAAACUCUGCACCCCAUGAAAGCAGUCGCGUCUUUUGCGCCGCUCCUGCUUCACGUUAUCAAAGCCAUGGGAACGGCUGCUGCAUGGUUGAAGCUAAAAGAGAAGAUAAAAUCUCAUUUAAGCGCUCCCUAAGGACCUCCAAAUGUUUUGUGAAUGUGCAUGUUACUGGCUGGUUCUCAUGCUGAUUUGAUUAACAGCUCAGAGGGCUGUGGCCCGUGCUCUCCGUCUCGCUGCCAUUACAUAAUCGUACGACAGAGGCGUCAAAUAUAAGUUAAAUCAACACUACAAGGUGUCAACAUGUGUUCGGAAGUAAAUCACUCGCACUACGCAAAGAAAGAAGAUAGUUUUGCUUGAGCUACCCUAACAUCUAGAUUAAAUGAUUAGUGAUGGUAUGUUCUCACCUGAUUUAUAGAAAUGAAAACUAUUUUUCAUUUCUUUGAAGAGUUUUUUUUCUUCUUCCCAUGGGGGUGUAUGAUAACUUAACAUAUUCAUAAAACACAGAUUUUUUUUUCCAUUUCAUUUAACAUAAGCACAUCAAGCCUCCUCUAUUUUACCUCCUGUCUCAUCUCUAAAGUAUGCUCCUGCAAAAAAAAGAGAGAAGAAAACUAGUGAACUGUGCUGAAAGGAUUAAAAUAGCACAAAACCAUAAGGUAAUGUAAGAUGAGGUUCAACUCUGUAAAGAAAAAAUAACAAGGCAAAAAAACAUUUUAAAAUACAACUGGUAUUCGGCUCUGAUCUGUAAUAUUAAAGUGUUAAAGGGCCACUUUUUAAAAACCUUUAAAUUCCUCAAAACAACAAGCCCUGCGCUGUAUAAAUAAAGUUUACUUACUUACUUACUUACUUUAAAACAAGUUACUAUAGUCCUCUAUGUUGUAUGUACAUGAUGGUACCUGUGAAGGAUGACGCAUCAUAAAGGCAGGAAUGCUCUCACCAGAAAUCAUCGUUGCAGCGUCAACUUUGUCGCUCCUCUUCGCCUUUUCGUUAGUUACGCUGUUAAUUUUUGCACACGUAGAAAGACAGACAGAGAAAUUAGUUGCUUGUGUUGAUUUGUGUUGUAUUGAAACCCAUAGUUAUGAAAAGUCUAUUGACUCUCUUGUUAGUGUUUGUUGUUUUCUCUCACCUUUCCUCCUCUACUUUGACAACAGGAGCCUGCAAGGGUCAACAGCUGUCAAUCAGUGAUCGGCUCACCUUCAGUUUACGCUAAAAUCAAGAAUGUCAGGAACAUACGGUGCCUCUCUUGUGAGAUUUGAGGAAAGGAAUGCAUCCAUAAGUACCAGCUGUGAGCUAAUUUGAUUUGGCCUCACAUUAUCGAUUUGUAGAGCAUCAUUCAUAAAACUUUGCGAUAUUUUAAUGCCUUCGAGUCCAUCGAGUUUGUCAUUGAGCUGCAAAAAUUUAGGCUCAUGGCACAGGAAACACUGUUUUUAACAGCGACUCUGUGCAUGCGUGCAGUGUUCCUCUGUGGUAUUUUGAUGUGACAGACCAAUAACACUUCAGCAGGGACUGGUCUGGCAUGGUUACUGGAGCAUUUUCAACCAUUUCUACACUGUCGUGUGGACAGAAAUAUUCAGUGCCUCUCUUUAUAAAAACAUCUGCACCCGUGUGGAUGUUUCUUUAGUAAGCUGUUCAAGUUAGGAUCUCACCUACAAAGGAAGAGUUCAACUCAAAGUAAAGAGGAGAUAUGCAAAGCUUAGACGAAGGCCACGUUUAUACGUACCUGGUUAUUUUUAAAAAGGGAGACAUUAACCAUUGUUUGCACCCUUCCUUUAGACGCAAAUGGAGAAUUUGCCCCUGAAAAGAAUGCUUUUUAAAAAUCUGGUUAAAGUGGAGAUUUUGGAAAACUCUGUUUGCACGUUUGCAUGUAUACAGAGAAAAACUGAGAUUUGGGUAGCCGAUGGCGGAUUGUGCGCCAGAAAGAAGGAAGUGACGUUGUUGUUGUAGUUGUUGUUGUUGUUGUUGUUGUUGCUGUAGUUGUUGUUGCUGCUAUGCGGGAUUCUGAUUGGCUGACUUGGGCUUGAGCUUCUCGCAUCACUGCCAUCUACAGGUUUGACGGCAUAUAUACACAGGUUAGUGUAAACGAAAACUUUUCUGAAAACGUAGUGGUGUGCACGCAGUUUUUUUUUGUAAAUGGAGAGAGUGAAAUGUCCGUUUAUGAAAAUAGCCAGGCACGUGUAAAUAUAAUCUCGUAGUAAAAAGCCCAGUCACAUCAGUGUGAGAUAUGCGAUUCAUAGCAAGCAGCUCAGCUUCAAACCUUUGUUUGAAUUUAAACUCAUGGAGGUAACAUUUUACACAUUUUAGUUUACAACCUGAUCCCACAUGGCAGGUCACAAAAAGCACGAUCAAAAUAAUGAACUUCCCAGUCAAGAUUGAGCCCUAAAUUUCAACAGCUAAUCGUACUAGUUUAAAAUUUGAUUCAUUAUUUUGCGUGUCAAAACAUGUCCAAAACGUGUUAAAAGAUAGUUUUGCAUCACUGCAAGAUAUAUUUUAUAUGGGUUACAGUCUCUUAUGAUACAAGGACCAAAAACUCUCCUCUAUCCGUGUUGUACAUCUCAGGAAAGUCUGAAGUUAACAGGUUUUGACUGUAAAUAUUCUGUGGCCACUGCACUAAUUUGUUGUGUCAAAUCACUAUUUCAUGGUCUCAGUUUUUUUUCAAAUGUCACAGGAGAAGAUACAAACAUCGAUCUUUAAAUCUGCACCUUUCUUAAUAGCUGAUUAAACUCUAAAAUGUGCCCCCAGGAAACCUUUUUGUUGGACAUUACAGAAGCAUUUAGAGACAGCGCUGUUGGUUAAAUUACACUGACAUUACUGGACAACGCUCCUCUCUGGCUGAGGAAAGAAAGCACUUACUUGAGGAACAGUUUGGCUUUAGUACUAAGUGAAUUUUAUUCUGCAACACAAAUCUGCAUCACCUUACUAUUCCACUGUUGACUAUAAGUCAGAGUCAAUGGCUCUGCUCCAGGAUCUUAGUAGUGGGGUUUUGGCUCUCCUGGUUUUGGCUCACAAAUCUGCCUCUUACUGUCCAAGACCGUUGGAAUAAAUAACACAUGUCCUGUUUUAAGGUGGAUUGUCACUCUAUGGAGGGGAAUUAGACUAAAAUAAACCAAAUACUUCAUUUGGAAAUACCUGUUUAUCAGAAGUUAUACAGUCCUGCUCAUACAUCUAUCCCAAACACAUUCCUGGUUUCUUAGCGAAGUUCAGGAGAUUUCCUGUAGGUCCAACAACGCACCCAGGCUCUUAUAGUGAGAUUUUGGGGUUAAGUGUAAAAGUGGGGUGUUAUUAUUAGCCUGUUUCUGUUUCUUGUGGUGGUCGUGAACGUGUGAGGCAUAAUAAAUCAGGUACCACUUCUCCCGCUUGUGUAAUUAUCGCCACUUCACCGGUGCAAACCAGGCCGAAUGAUAACUUAUUUACACUAUAAAUCUGAAAUCCUGUAAAUGUGACUGUGAAUUUGUGUGUCCUUUGUUGUCAAGAAAGUUGGAGUUAAAACAAAUGUGUUCAGUUUCAAAGUCAACAGCGGGGGAGGCAGAGUGGCCAACGGUUCAGUGAUCUGUGAUUACACAGCCUGGCUCAGGUCCUCCGUCUGCAAUCAGGACACAGCAGAACUUUUCUGGGGAGAAAAAUAGAUGAAAUAACAGCUGCUGUGCUUUUUCAGACGGGAUAAUUGAUAACCUUUCAGUGAACAUAAUACAGAACUGUUUCCUUUUCUUUAAGCUGAGGACGUGUGGUAUUAAGGUUGAUAUUAAAUGCAGAAAAAGUAUUGUUAAAAUACAUUUUAAUACAUUUUAAAAGAUAGAAGUGGUUAUUGAAGCUAACAUCUGUAUUGUGAAUUUUAUUCUGUUUGAGUCACUUGAUAUUUACAAUACUGAGGGAGCUGCAACCUCUUAUUAGCUUUGAUUUAUUUGCACCUGUGUUAAAAAACAGUGUUGCCAUGGUUACCUUUAAAAAGUAAUUUGAUUACUGAUUACUCCUUUAAAAAAGUUACUUUACUGAUUACUUCAUAUUAAAAGUAACUAAGUUAGAUAACAAGUUACUUUUCAAGUUACAUUCAGCAGCCUCAACAUAUAAAUGACAACCAUUUUGUUUGUUUGUUUUUUUAAGUAAAGAUAGUCUUUCUUACGACGUAGUAUUAGGGCCACAUUAAGAAAGAAAAAUUUAAGACUUUGUAAUUACUUACAAGAAUGAAGUCGUAAUAAAAUCAUUACUACUCAGUUCGUCUAAAUGCUCCACAGCGUUUAAACAACUAACAACAGGUUAGAAUAGCUAUUAGCUACAACUUUAUUCUCGUAAGUAAUGAUUUUAUUGCAACUUUAUUCUCGUAAGUAAUUAUUUUAUUAUGACUUUAUUCUUGUAAGUAAUUAUUUUAUUACGACUUAAUUCUCUUAAGUUUAUUCUUAAGAGUCUACAAGUCUACAACUUUAUUCUCGAAAGUAAUUACUAAGUCCUAAUUUUUUUUUUUUCUUAAUGUGGCCCUAAAACUCUGUCGUACUUUCUUGACUGACAAAACACAAACAGUGACUUGGACAUGUAACUUACAGUAAAUCUAAUUACUGGUUUGAAAAUAGCAAUGCAUUAGAUUAGCUACUCAUUACUAAAAAAGUGAACUUAUUACAGCAGUUCUCUACUGGCAUCACUGGUUAUAAACUUAGCUGAUACAGAGUCAAUAUAACCUCUGUCUGUUAUUUUUCUGUGUGUUUUGGCUGAAAUCUUUGCUCACUUAUCUCUGUUUUUAUGAUGCUUUCAUGGUGCUGCCACCAACAUUUAAUUUUCUUGUUUUUUCGGUAAAUCUUAGAGCCUUUUAGAGAAGAAGAGGUGAUUCAUGUCUGUAGCAGCUGCUGUCCAGAUAGACCGUUAAGUAAAUAUGAUACUGGGCAGCUAUGAGCUGUCCUUUUACUGGAUUUAAAACCAGUACACAUAAUAACUUUCACAGUAAUGAUGUACUUUCAUUAUCUGGAUCUACAUGAAUCAGUUUCCAAAAUAUGGACUGGACUUGUAUGUUUGUUGUAAGAGACAUGGUGAUCACUUCUGUUGUGGUUAUGCAGUUUGUAACCUGGAAACCCUGAGUUUACAUUGUAGCAUAUGACAGUCUGUACCUGGGGGUCCACAAUAUGCAGUUUCUCUGCAGCUGUGUAGCUUUCUCGUACCAUCUGUUUUCACCUUUCCACAAUCUUAUUAUUCGUAGUUGGUGUGGUAGUUAAGAGUUACGCUCAGUUUACAGUGACUCCGGUAGUUUUGAGGUGCAACCGGCAUAUCUAACAUCAAGUGCUACAUUUGAUUUUUAAAAUCUGCAUUAACCCUGAACUAUCAUCAGAGGUGAAUUUUUAAUGAUUGGUGACGGUGGCAGCUGUACUUGUGGUCCUGACAGUGAAACAAAACCAAUGUAGUGCAAACUUCUGGGCAAAAUACCAGUCAGACACCUUUUUAGGGGGAAAGAAGUAAUCAGUCUUUCAUGGCGAUCUUAGUGUCCUUGUGUGUCUGUGAGUGUGUGUUUGUGAGUGAGUGUUGUGUAUGUAGAAUGUGGAUUCAGAGGGUGGGUGGGUAUUUGUAUUUUUACUUCGUCUCUCCAUGUUUCUGCUUGUGUUCCUGAAUGAACAUCAUUUUGUGCUACACUGUUUGUAUAUAAAGUUCUUUAUAACUAACAUGAUUGAUUGAUUGAUUGAUUGAUUGAUUGAUUGAUUGAUUGAUUGAUUGAUUGAUUGAUUGAUUGAUUGAUUGAUUGAUUGAUUGAUUGAUUCGUAGCGCUUCUACAGUAGUUUUGUUACCAUAAAGGACCCCUGAAUGACUCUAUGCUGUUGUUGUGAGUACCACAUACUUUCAUCCCUCUGCAGUACUCCACGUAAGAAAACCAUGGUGACUUAGUCCAAGUAUAUAACGUUUAGAUCUGAGCUGGAAAUGCUUCUGUAUUCCACUAAUGCUAUACACAUGGUGUCUGUAGAGCUGUAAACAAAUGGAUGAUACCUUUCAACGUCAACCUUUGAGGAAAGAAGCUCAUGACUCUUGCUGCAGCUCUGGAGGAGUGGCCAAUCUUGACUGAUAACUAACGAACCUGAGCACAGAAUAAUACUCAGAUUUGUGGUGUGUUGGCGUACGUUCUCUUUAAUCAAACAAACUCACACAACAACCAACAUACAGGCAGCUAAUAUGAAGGAAAUGGCCUCUGUAAGUGUUGUUUUAGAGUUUCCCACCACUGGACAAUCAAAUGGGCAAAUAAAUUGGAGGAAAUAGCCAGUUAGCAGCCAGUUAGCAGCCUGUUCGCUUUACAAGCAGCCGCUAUGGUUCAGUUUUUUUAAAUCCACAGAUACAGGCCGAAUUAUCACAAAGGGGAGGCGUUCAUGGUUCAAAGAUCUGUCUGUCUGUCUGCAUGUAUGUUGUUAUUAUAACAGACAUUUACAAACUGGUAUAUGUUACAUGUUAUGUUCAGAUUUCAGUCAAUGACGAAUCCCUGUAUUUCCUCUCUGUGAUGUUGUGACCAGCAGGUCAUGACUCCCCCCUCUCUGUAAACCAAAGCAGAUGUCAGAUGAAGGGAAAGGCCUGUCGUUAUGUAACAGAGGUGCUCUCCCGACACAGAUGUUAACUACAGCCUCUAUUUUAUUCACUGUGUCAAACCUUGAACUUUGGAGGACUUUAAUACAAUAAUCAAAUAUGUGAGGAGAGCUGCAGCUGAGGGAGAUCAUUAAGGAACACGAGCAGACGGUGGUCUGAGAUCCAGGAUCUCAUCAAGACUCGUACAGAUAACAGAAAACACACACAGACACAUGGACACAUGGACAGAGACAGAAGAAGACCCACAGACACAGUCAGACCUACAGACAUGGGGGAGGCUCUAUGUUUAUGACCCCACACUCCCAUCUACACCAAUACAACACACACACAUUCACAGAAACGUGCACACACACAAACACACACACACACACACACACACACACACAGACGGACCGUGGACCACACACUGCCUGCAGAUCUGUUUAAAAGCCAGGAGCUGUGUUUAUCAUUCCCUACAUCCUGCUCACAGAAAUAUUUGUGAGCGAGCCGUGUUGUGUUUUCUGUGUUUUUUCUGUAUGCAUCUAUAAAAAAUAUACAUAAAUCCAUCUGUCCCAUCCUUGAAAGUUCACACAAGUCGUUUGUAAUUACAGGCUAACAAGAUUUUAAGAGCAGCAUUUGAAGUGGCUUGAAUUCUCAGUCUUCCUGCUUUUUCUCUGUCCCUUACCUGUCUUUCUGCCUCUCUGUCCCAUCCUUCCCCUUACUUUUGCUCUCCCCCUCCAUCUAUCUUCCCCUCCUCCUCCUCCUCCUCCUCCUCCUCCUCCUCGCUGUAACUUCAGUCCUACAGUUAAGACUUCAGCAGAGGAGGACACGAGAGCAGCUGGCAGACCAAGGCAUCAUGCCUCGUGAGUAACGCCUCCCAACACCGAGCCAGUGCACACGCAGUCACACACCCACACAGUUACACAUACACUCAGGCUUAAGUGUGUGUUUUAUCUACCACUCCUAUCUUUAAAUGACAUCAGCGCUAAUGUUUAUGCCACAGAUUAAUUGUACGUUAUGAACUAGCCAACACUAGAAGGUUUAAGUACUGUAUUGGCAUUGGUUUUCCUGUUUAAAAAGUGGCCUUGUUAACUGUCAACUUUGAGCCUGUUUCUCCAACACAUUAGCUAAUAGGCUGCCAUUGUAUUUUUAUUUUCUAGCUUAAAUCUUUUGGCCCAAUCUCUUCUAAGUUUUUAUCAUCUCCUGUCUGUGUAUCUGCUUGUCAGUGGUAUGGUGGAACAGUAAAAUGACCACAACGAGUCAGAUUAGUGAGGUUUAGUUUAACAACUAGGGCUUUAAUUUUCUGCCCGCCGGCAGCACAGCGGAGGGUGGCAAAUGCAGUGGUAUUUUCGUCUGGCAGAGCCCGGCGCACAGCCAGUUUGGUAUUUUCAUAGACUGAAGCUGGGCGUGGUGGCGCAAUAGGGGGAGCUAUUGACAGAAUCAGCCUGUGCACUGACAUUUUUGUGCUCGCUGGUAGCGUAGAAAGUGCACUGAAAGCUCGCCAAUUCAAACUUGGGCAGCUUUAGGCAGAGGUGGAGCGCAGCUGGUCUAGUGGUAUUUUAGUAGCCCGGCGGCGUAGUGCGCAUAUGUCACCGAUGCCUACUACAUGAAAAUUGCAAUAUGCCUCGCCGGUGGCAGAUUUGAAGGUGAGGAGAGGAGCUGAUGUGAUUGGUGAAAACAGGACUCGGCUGUGUUAAACCCAUUCCAUGCCUUAUCCCCUCCCUCUCUGCUACUUACGCCGCUGGGAGGCGCUAAAUUAGGGAGGGGGGAUACUUACCCCAGGCUUUUGGUCUCUGCUGCCUCCCUCUAUGCUGCAAAAAGCUUCAUUUUUUCAUUCAAAAAGUUUUUUUUGUUUUUUAACUUGGUCCAUUUGGCCCGAAGUACUAAGCAAAUAUUAAACAUCAGACAUAUUCAAGCUUUUUACUUAAAUGAUGCAAAACAACAAAUACCUGUAAGGCUUAAAGCACCGUGUAGACGUGAGAUGGUAUUUCAACCUUUGCCUAUAUACAAACAAAACAUCCGAUGGUAAAUGCAGGUUAUCUGGCCUAUCACAGAUUAUUAUUAAAUUAGUGCAGUAUCAUUGUAUAAUAAUGACAUUUCUAACAGAACAAAUACUUUGAGUUAUUUGCCAACAGUUUAAUUAUGUUGUUUAUCCAGAGGAAGUUAACGCAACUCUUUAGUUUAUGUUAACGUUCUGUUAAAAACCACAGAUUAACGUACACUGGUAAAUACUGAACUAUUUUAAUGCUAGAUGAUGGAUAGACGAAUGGAUAAAACGUUCCUGUAUUGUUGUAUUAGUUUGAAAAGCUGUGUUUAUAAAGUAAUAUAUAUGAAAAACUCAUUACGAACAGAUUUUUAAGAGGCAGCAAAACAAAUAGUUGUUUUCAUUUUUUGUUGAGAGAUGAAGUUUCAUUCCCUCCUCAAUCUGUAUCAGUUUUAAAAAAGGUUUUCCUUUGAAACAGCAUUUUUUUAGUUUUUUGAUUCCAUCGUAGUGAAUAAUUGAUGCACUUUCCUAGCAGCAGAGGGUGUAACCAAAAUCAAACUGCAGCGAAGAUAAAGGUCAACUUUAAACUGUCUUUGAACAAAAAGAAUGACACAGCAGAUAAAAGCACUUAAGAUGGAUGGAGAGAAACAGGUAGGAAGAAAAGAUAACAUUUAAGAUGAUAGAUACCGUACAGAAGAGCAGUAGCACACUCCAGAGGAGGAUAAAUCCACAGGGAGUGACAGAAACAGGGGUCGACAAAGAGGGAGCAGGUGGAUACAAGACGGACAGAAAAGCAGGCCAUCAAGAUCCAAAGAUAAGAGCAGAAGAAAGACAAUCUGGAUCUAGAAGAAGUGGCAAAUUUUAAAAAAAUCAUUUGGAACAGGAACAGAGAGGUAGACAAAACCUGACAAGCUGAUAAAAAGCUGUGAGUGGACAAGCAGAUAACACCUGCAGGCACAGACAUGCGGGGAAAAGCUGCAGACAAAGAGAGAGGAAGGUGAAGAAAAAUGCUGAAGAAAGACAGGCAUAAAAAAGCUGCAGACAAAGAGAGACAGGCAGAAAAACGCUGCAGGCACAGAAAGACAGGCAGAGAAAAGCUACAGGCACAAAUAGACAGGCAGAGAAAAUCUGCAGACAAAGAGAGACAGGCAGAGAAAAUCUAUGGACACAGAGAGACAGGCAGAGAAAAGCUAAAGACACAGAGAGACAGGCAAAAAAAAAAGACAGGCAGAGAAUCGUGCAGGCACUGAUAGACAGGCAGAGAAAAUCUGCAGACAAAGAGAGACAGGCAGAGAAAAGCUAAAGACACAGAUAGACAGGCAGAGAAAAGCUGAAGACACAGAGAGACAGGCAGAGAAAAGCUGAAGACACAGAGAGACAGGCAGAAAAAAUCUAGAGACACAGAUAGACAGGCAGAGAAAAGCUGAAGACACAGAGAGACAGGCAGAAAACAGCUGAAGACACAGAGAGACAGGCAGAAAAAAGCUAAAGACUCAGAGAGACGGGCAGAAAAAGACAGGCAGAGAAUCAUACAGGCACUGAUAGACAGGCAGAAAAAAGCUAAAGACACAGAGAGACAGGCAGAAAAAGACAGGCAGAGAAUCGUACAGGCACUGAUAGACAGGCAGAAAAAAAGCUGAAGACAUAGAAAGAUGGACAGAGAAAAGCAGGAGACAGAAAGACAGGCAGAAAAAAGCUGCAGACAGACAGACAGGAAGAUAAUCUGUUCAGCCCCUGAGCAGACAGACAGGUUGCUGAGUGACCGCAGAGGAAUUCUCUGGUGCGGCUCGUCCAGAUUUACAUGAACAGUACCUGUUUACAGCACAGCGCCUGCAGAGCGACACUUCAAAGCAGAGUCACUUUGAAACACAACAACACGGAGCCUGACCUGCUGUUUAUAAGACACAGAGUUUGUACUUUUAAUGUCAGAUAUGACAAAAUGAUGAGAACAAGCACACUCGAGUGUACGCAGCAUUCUCCUAAAUCCUCACUGUGGCUUUGAUUGAUGCUCCCUCUUAUUCUCUAGGUUGUUGCGUGUUGGAGUUGUCGUGUUUGCAGCACGUGCGUAAAUGUCAGAUACAUAAAUUUUCUGCUGCUGGCAUUUACACCAGGUGGAGGAACCUCUUUAAAAUAUCAGUGAGAUAGCAUGAGAUUAAAUACAGCUGGAAUCUUCUUGUAAUAAGAUAUAACGGCACUGUGGUUAGAGCCCGGCAGCAGUGUGCUAUUCCUUUCUGUAGUUUUCACCCGUCUGCAGGAACAACAAGGGGACUGCAGGUCAGGGAUUUGUCGAAUGAUAUCUCUGGCACCGUUUGCCAUUUCACAGCGGCUCCAGCCUGUAGAUAAACUGCCGGUAAGUGUGCGGGGGAACAGAAUCCAGAGGCUAAGCGAGGCUCUAUCAGUUUCUUGGAGUCUGUUAGAGAUAAGGCAGAAAGCAGGAACGUGAUUGGCCAGAGCGGCACCAAGCGUUUUUUUUUUUUUAAAGAAGUUUCAAUUGGCUGUUUAUCUGUUGAUUACUGGCGGAGGUGCAGAUGGAGGAGGGUUGGAUAUGUUAGUACACACGUUCUCACACUGGAGCAACUGACUUUUGGACGUUCAAUGUUUGAUUAAUAAGGAAAAUGAAAAAUGUGGUUGUACCUACUGGUAAAUGUCUAACUUAUUAUGAAUAUAUUAUAUGACAACUACAAAACAGAGUUCAGCUGUUGGCUGACACCUCCGCCUUGGACCAGCUAUUAAAGGAUUAAAAAUAGUUUAUUAAAAAAACACCAAUCUUGAGGCUGAUGGUGUUUGUUUGCUGUCAGCCCAUGAUCUGUCCAGGGUGUCUCCUUAACCUCUCGCUAACGGAAAACCCUAACAGACCUGGGUAGAGCUAAGCAGUUUGAAUUAUAGAUGGAUAAAUGAACAGAUAGACAAUCAUAAGUCAGGUUUUAAAUUAAGACACCCCCUUGCUCACCCCCUCUGUCUGCGAAGCUACGGUGGCCACCAAGGACAAGAAGCUGCUGUGACGCAUGAUAAGUUCGAUCCUCUAUCUGUCAAGUUUUCACCAUCAAAAACUACUAUCAACAUAUAUACAUACAUGAUACAUAAUAAUACAAAGCUGCACAUUUACCCGGGAUUUCCACCGCAUCUGGAACGGCUCUGGAAAUUGCCAGUUAGUUUGUCCAUUCCAGGCCACAUUAGGAACAUGAGGAUGCCGUAUGAAACCGUACUCUUGUUUUGUUGUUUCAGCUAACAUUAAAUUAAGUCAGAGGAACCCGGGAUAAACAGAUCAUAGCCGUACUUUAAGAGCCACUGUGUCAUUCAUUUGUCUACUUUAGAAAAAAAGAAAAAAAACAAGGCUUCUCAGGGCGUCAUAUCCUCCUCCUCCUUGAAGCUGCUGUAGCCCCUCCAGACUCUUGUUGCUCUGGCCGGCUGUGUUAUUCCUGCUGAGGAGAUGGACACGGCACAGGGUCUGUGUAUAUAUUACCAAUGGAACGUCUGGUGUUUAUUAGGCUAUUCAAGAACCCGACUCAGUCCUCUCAGGCCCUGCUGGCGUGUGGCCUGCAUAGGAGCACACUGUCUGUCUGUUUGCUGGCCACAGGUCUGAGUACACACACAUAUGCACACACACACUUACACACAUCUAAUAUUUCCUCAUAAAGAUAAUAGAGCGGUAUCUGUGGGUUUACUGAGCUUUUUCCAGCAUAAAAACACAUUUUUAUUCGCUCAGCAGCGGUGCUUUAAUCCUCCGCGGAUGGAAACACAAAGAGAAUUAUUUCUGCUAAUGCACCAUACGUCUUGGCUCUCAGUGCACUGUUUACUUCUGACAGAUACAGUCAGCAGGUAGAUGUACUACAAUAGGUUUAAAGUGCAUCGUGUGUUUUAAUACUGCUGCAGAUUGUUUAAAAGUCUGUAAGCCAGCUCCACACUCAUCGGAUCAGGUUACAGUGAGCCUCAGAGGGACGGACAGCCACGCUCGAACACAUCUACAGGCAGUUUGACUGCUUGGUUUAAGCACACUUAGAGCUGUGUGUGUCCAUGUGAUGUCAAAUCAGCUCUUAAACUAGACCAGAGAGUGACAGGUGAGGCCAGAGACUCAGAAAUAAACACAUGAUGUCAUGGUCAUGUGACCUAAGAGGCAAGACGCCCGCAGGCUGGAUGUUUACAUCUCAGACAAUCACCGUUCUCCUCUCUGGCGAGAUUUGUCUUUGCAGAUGUUAACAUGACAACUUUAUUGUAAUGUGUGAGUUCAUCCUGAAAUAAGAUUAUAUAUUAAUCAUAGAAAGCUUUACUUUCACGGAGAUGUCAUGAUGGCCUCACAGUUUAAACUUGAGACAAAGAAAGAAGAAAACUGGAGGCACACGUGAAUUCACCACCGCCACAGCGUAGAAGGCAACAUAGGAGCCUUCAAAAGUUUGUUUGUUUAUUUGGAAGUGGUUGCUAGUAUUCCUGGGGUCAAAAAACUUAAAAUCACAACACAAUUAAAUUUCAACAAUUAAUAAUAAAUACAAUUACAGAUUCAAUUCAUGAUUCUUCACAACAUUAAAAUCACUCCAAAAUCUGUGCUUUUAUAGUUCAUACAAACAGUUUUGUUUUAAAGUCCUUUUCAGAUAGUACCUGUAACACUGUUCUCCUCAUACAAUUGGACUUGGAGGAAUGGAACAAUUAAAUGACCAGAGCUAACCUGCAGAGUGACAUGUUGCUGACAAUAGUCAUUGUACACCAAUUUGUCAACAAAGAAAGUUGGAUACCCUUUGAAUAUGGCAUUAUGCAUAUGGCAAAGAAUAUUUAUAUUUAGCUGGUUUUAUACCUUUAAUCACCCUAAAGGUCCUUCCACACCGGGAACGACACAAAUAUACAACGCGAAAUUAUGAAAUAUUCUGAGGCAGUUUUGACGCGCCUGACUAUACACAUCAAGCGUGAUGCGACUUUGCGACUAUCCGGGGGGAAAAAGACGAAUCCCGUGUGGAAGCAAGAAGACUGACACAACAGCAGACUGACUGUUUUUCAGUUCUGAUUAGACACUAGUGUUGAGAUGACUGUCUGUCAUGAUAGCAUGUACUGAGUCGGGGCCAGUACCAGAUAAGCACAUUAAACUAUAAUCCAUAAACGUAAGGUAACAACCGAGAUGCUAUGACAGCAACACUGUGAUUGAGUUUGAGAGAGUGAAAUUACAUACGGUAUGUUGCAUCCGAACAGGUUAGCUUACAAGCUAAAGUUACUUAGCACUGAUGAAAGUUAAAACAAAGACGUUUAGCAAACUGUUAAAGCACACAAACCAUAGUCAUAUGAGAAAUCCGACUCUAUGACUUUCCACAAGUUGUCCUUCAGGUCAUUAUCUUUGUAAUAUUUGUGUUUUUUUAUCAAAAAACACGCUGUUCUCCGACACACAAACAAUCAGCCGGUCGGCCAUGUUGGAUAUACCAGUGAAUCUGAUGUCGCAACAACACAAAAUCUGAUUGGUCAGAAGUGGACGCACAGUAUUUGUAUUGACAGGCUACAGGUUAGAAAAAAAUAUUGACGUCCGAAAUAAUCGCAUGAAAAAAAUGCUCACGGUAUGUAAGAACCCUAAGGCGUAAAAGUCACCAUGUUGUGUUGUUGGGCACCAGAAUAAAAGUAAAACCCUCCGCUACAAAAGCUGCUACUACCUGUCCCCCAAAUAUAGAGGCAUCUAAGGACCUGACAGAUCAUCUAUCUACUCCUGUUUGUUGGUGUAAACUUGUUCCAGUAACACUCUCAAUCGUGGACUAAGCAGUAACCCCCAUCAUUAAUCUGUUUUUGUGUAAGUCCAAGUAGAAAAGGUUAUUUUGUGACACUUCACAUGAAGAGCAGGUUUAUAAUUUCAUCUUCCAGCUCUCAUUUUUCAGAUUUUUGCAAUACCUGGCUAAAAUUCCCCACAUUCUGUCAUUUUUUGUCUCCCACCCUGUAGAUAAAUAUUAAUAUAUCCAUCCUUUCACAAGUCUUCCAGACAGUUAGGAAAGUCCAUUUGGAACAUGAAACUGAGCAAAACAUUUUCUUAAUUUGGUGAUUAAAGUCCUUCGUUUUUCACAUUAAUCUUGACCCACUUCUCAUUUUAGAUCCAUUUUUCAUCAGUCAGUAAUACCCACCUGACUCAUACAGCACACAGCUUGGUAUCACUCAUUUUAUUUUGGCUCUGAAUUAUCCGUGUGCCCUUAGAAAAAAGCCUGCUGAUAUCAUAUUUGACCAAAUAAGUGCUGUUGCUCUUUCUCGCAGUCAGAUAAUCAGACUGACGUGGUUUCUCUCCUCCGUUGAGCGGAUGGAUCGCUCCCCAAGCCAGGUUCACUUCAGUCCUGAUUAUUUGUUCUGGAUUUAACAGAGAGGGAUUGUGGAAGGUCGAAAAUCUCACCGGCUGCAGCUCUUUAAUUACAGCAGCUCCAUUUAUUUUUACAGCACUCAAAGUGUCUGGCUGUUCAAGGUGUGGAUCAGCUAAGAUGAUAUCAGAGCUGAUCCUAAACAGAAAUAUUGAUUAUUGAAGGCUGGGUGGAGUCACGUGUGCACCGUUUGAUAAAUAAUACAGUUUUUAAAAAAAUCUCCCUUUAAUUUUGAGACAUAUAUUAAGGACUGGGCUUCAAAUCAAAGGUGAUAAUAUAAAAAAAAAUGUGCUACAGCACAGAAUCACAGAACUCUUUAUGCUCCAAAGUGUUGCUUAUGUUAAAGCAGAAACACCAAUGCUUAAAGCUGCUGUAUAGGACUUUUGGUUAGUGUUGGUUUUGGCGCCCCCUGUGGACAAAGUUAUAUCUUUUGACCUGUAUAUCAGAAAGUAGUUGCAGAUCAAAAACUCAUCCAGUUGUCUGUUAAAAGUGAAAUAUGUUGCCCGCUGAGAGUAUUUACUAUUUAUUAGGCUUGUUAUUGAUUAUCUGGUCUGACACCUACCCUCUCACAGCAGUCUCAGGCAUCAACGUUUAAAAUGGAGAAACUUUCACCUUCGUUCCUGAUGGGUUUUUUUUAUUUUAAAGGUCAUAGAGACGCAUCGUAUCAGUUUGAGUCUAUCUCUUAACCUGUUGAAAACUCCUCACAGUGCCUUUAAUUUUAAUUUAAUCAACACAUCUCCAGCAAUUUAGUCAUUCAAGGCAUAGGAAGUAUCAGUGUUUUAAUACAGCUAUUAAACACUUCCAGUAUUCUAAAGUGAGUCCAUGAGUUAAAAAGGAUUUUGAAAAGAUGGAGUCAAUAAAUUUGAAAAUGAAUAUGUAAUUGGAGGAAGUGGAAAAAUAACAGUGACUUUUAAAACAACUCAAUCUUGUUAAAGCUCCUGUGGGGAACUUUCAUUUCAUGUGGAAGUUAUCGCCCCCUGUGGACAAAGUGGUCUAUGCUUAUUUUGUUGUCUACAUGCCCAAGUAAAGAAACACCUCACAUUUAAACAUAUCACUUAUUGUGAAUUUUGAAUAUGAAAAUUGUAAAAAAAAAAAACAAAAAAAAAAAGAGGAGCUUUAAUUAUCUGUGAUUAAACUUUUGGUCAGUUUUGGACUCCAGUAAAAAUCCAUCCACAUGUUAAGAAAUUAUGACUAUACUCUAAAAAAUACACAUGUAAAUUGACAUGAAUGUUAAAAUACUCUUUCUGUAAUUGUUUUAAUUUUAAAUGGCUAGUCUUGACUGUUUGGUACAUGUUGGAGGGGUGCGCCUCUAAACACACAGUGCCUUUUGUUUUUUGUUUGUUUUUGUGUUUGUUAUUUUCUAAUUUUAUUCUUUCUCCUAGUUGUUGUAGUUACCUUGAAAGCCUUAAAAAAGUUAUUUUGCACCACAAAACUCUUGAGUUACUGGAACAUCAUGUCCUUGGUCUGUUAAUUUGCUGGUUUGUUUGACUGAUGGUAUUUUUGAUGAUGAAUUUAAAGUCCCCUCUGUAUAGAAUAGCAUUGAAACAGGUUUUGUACAUGUCCCCUUUCACUCCCUGCAGUUAGCACACUUGUUGCAGCAGUGUUUCUUGUUGUUGACGGCCUCGUCCUGCUGUGUGUUGUGCAGACCCGGCCUCAGGCGGCUCCUCUCUGGACGAUCAGAUGAGGCUAAAGCGAGCCCAGCUCGCCGAGGACCUGAAUGAGAAGCUGGCUCUCAGGCCGGGGCCCCUGGAACUGGUCCAAAAGAAUAUCAUUCCCCUAGACUCAGCCCUCACAAUGACAGGUAUAUGUCGAGGUCUGUGCUGUGGUGGGACUCACCUGUAACACCUGUGUGAAUAUGCAUGUCUCCUGUUUGAAGCAGCGUCAGUGAGGUUAACUGAGGGUGACGGCAUGUGUGUUUGUUUAAAACGUUGUUUUAAGCUGCUCAAAGCACUCUGAUAGAGAUUACAAUCUAUUUAAAUAAGCAUGUAUUUUCAUUAAACAAGCACAAAGCUGAGAUGGAGUGUUUACGUUGGUCUUUGUCUUCUUCAUGUUUCUACACCAAACAGCAUGAAUUAGACUUUGCACUUUUACACCUGAUAACUUUUAUCCUUUAACCUUAACAUGAUAGAUAAGUAACACUUGAUAUUUAAUAGUGUGGCAACGUUAUGUGUAAUACUGUAUGUGUGGAAUUCAAACAUACACAUUUUCUAAAACACUUUAGAAUAUUUUCAGAGGCAUCUGUGGCUCAGUGGUGGAGUCAGUUGCAUGUUUAAUUUCAUGUCCUGCUGUCCACAUACUGGGGUAUUCAAAAAUGAUACCAUCAUGUAGUUUGCUCUCUGCCACAUAAGUUCACAGUUAACUUACUCCAUUAAUUUCACUUUUAUUAUAUUAUAUUUUAAAAAAUCCAGGAAAGCAUCAGAAAUCAUCAUCCUGGCUUCCAUUCAAGAAACAAUCAUUUCAAAACCCUCUUCUCCCCAUGAGGACAGUCCUGACAAAGUUUGAUCCAGUCUGAAUCAUGAUGUUUUUAUUUCAGCAUACUUAAGACUUGUGAAUUAAGAAGUUACCAGAGGAUCAGCUGAUUUUUUGAUCAGACCUUUAAAGUGAGCCAGAGUGAAACUUUUGUGUUACUAUUUACAGUGAAAGUGAGACUUAUCUGAGGCAGAUGAACACAGGCUUCUCCUGGAGAGGUAAUGGAGCAAGAAAAGACAAAAGAUGGGUGCAACUUGAGAUGUUUUAGUGUUGACUAAAUCACAAGAUAUCACGUUACAACAGGAGAGUCACAGCCUUGAUGCUUGGAUAAGAAAGGAAAUCCGUGUCCAAUCAAAUUAUCCAAGCAUGUUAGUACAAUUUCAGAUCAAGUUUUUGAUCAGCAUAUAAACACACUGAGGGGUUCAAACUGGAGCUCGUUACCAGUGUGUGAUAAUGACAUUAAAUGUCAAAGACAGAUGCUUUCUGAGGAUUACAGAAUACAGAACAGGCCUUUUAACCAAAAAUUCUCCUUAUAUUUUAUUAUUCAGAGGAAUUAAAUGUUUGCCCUCUAACCAUAGUUAUAGUUUCUGCCCUUGUAAAACACACACAGACAGACACACACACACACACAUCAGUCUGCUUCUAUUGUCAAGUAUGACCUUUCAGCCUUUGGUACCAAACUAAUGCAUCCGAAUAAGAUUUCAAAAGGAAAAUGAUUUAUUCCCCUCUGUGAACUCUUCUGAUUCUUCCGUUCAGCUGCACUCCUUCAGUGCCUUUUUCCUGUUUUUGCUCCUUCAUGUGAUCCUCAUUUCUAAGCAGGAAAAAGUAUGUUUGUAUUUUCCUCACAGGGAAUGUUAUUUACAUUUUUAGAACAUCGUGCUUCUUUCAAGAAAACCCUCUCCGGCUCGGUGUGGACCUCCAGAAAUGUUGUUGUGGCUGUUUUUCUUGCAGAUGAGGUGCUUUGACAUCCAGAGUGUAUGUUGGACCUCACCGCCUCCACUGUUUGAUUUAAGGAAAUGCACAGCCUGCAUGCUUAGACGCGACGGUGAUUUAGCGUCCAGCAUCCCUGUGUGGCGCUCUGACCUCGCUCUGUUUGUCUUCUGAUGCUCAACAUGUUACUCACUCUCAGUAUAUCACUCCUGUUUGAGCAGAUAGUGCUUUUUAGACUCUGGAGCUUCAGUGGUUUUAUGUUUGCCCCCUUCAGUUUCUGUAAACAUGUUGCGUAAAGGAGACGGCGGUCUGAGCUCAGCUGGCUUACCUCUGCAGUAUGAGGGAGCGCCGUUUAUUGAGAUGAGCCGCAGCUGUAUUUGGGCCCACCCUUUUCUUUAGAAGUGUUUCGGUCUGAGUGUGUCCUUGUGUGAGUGGGUGUACCUGUGUGUAUGUUUGUGUCCCCUUCCUCCCUCUUUGUCUCUGGUCUGUUCAGCUCCAGUCCUCCACCUCCAGAGCUCUGUGACAGACCGGGGCUGCCGCAUUAACCCCUCACCUCACAGCUCCUUACACUCCUCCCUCACACACGCUCCUGAAGAUUGCUUUAACCUCUUUUACAAACUAUGUGACCUUGUGUAACUUCUGAACCAGACGCUUAAAAAGAGGAAGUGCACGCUGCAAACAGAUUUCUGCAAUCCUGACACCUCAAUCUCUUAGAGACAUCAAACUGACGGACAGAUUGGCUGAAAAGGAGUGAAAGCCUGAACAACAUGUCCUCAAUAAAGUAGUUUGUUUGCUGCCAUGCACUUCAAAAUAUGACAACUCUAAUGUUAGCUGUGCAGGACUCCAAGAGUGCAUUAGUUUUUUAUGCAGAGCCAGGUCAGACCUGCGUGCAAAGUUAGAUAAAACUUCAACAUAAACUGAUCAGGUUCAAUAGAUAUGCUUCACUAGAUGUGACUUCUAGGGUUAUUAAAUAAACAACAUUUCUUACAUAACAUCUGGUCGUGCUUUUAUAAUAAAGCCAUUAAGGUUGUGAUUAUAUAAUGCUAUCCAUGGUGCAUUUGUAGUCUAAAUAGUAUUGAGCAAUCAGCAGGCUAUGGUGUACACAGGAAAAACAGUCUGUAUGGAGAGCAAAAGCAGGCAGAACAAAGACAAUAGGUGGUGUUACAUGACCAAGAAUAGAGGUGGGAAUUCUGAUUGUAGUCUGUUUUGGCAGAUGUUUUCAACAUGCUUGUUUAUCAUCUUAUAGACGAGUUUCUUGUGUAUAAACAAUACUAGGUGCGCGCGACCAUGGGGCAAAAGCCUGUUUCAGAGUGAACUGAUAUGAAUGAAGAUGCCGCAUUGUUUGCAAGUUCUCCGUGACACAAUUGCAGUAAAAUGUCGUUUCAUUGAAAAAUCGCUUUGUCUUGCAUUGCAUCAAAAUCAGGAAAACACUUGCUAAAAUAUCCAUGAAUUUCACUCAAUUUACCAGGUUGUGCCAUUGUUUUAGAUGUUUCUAAUAUCAAGAGCAGGGUCGUAAUGUUUGCCGAUUGUUUGUUUUGCCCAUUUGUGUAGUUUACAGCACAACAGAUCCUUGUCAUUUUCUUUCUCCGUUGACUCCGCUAGUAAACAAAUAAGAAAUGUCCUGCUUUCUGCCUGCGAUGACGUUGCACAGAAACUCGUCUGUUUGUUGUCUCAUGUGAACUGACAUUGUUCAAGAAUACUCUGAAGCAGCAUUGCGCUGCAAAACUGGUUUUGGUUUCCUUUGGACUUUUUUAAUAAAACAGAUAAGAACAAAUGUUACUUAUCCACAAACACGACAAAGCAUAGUAGAACUUGUAAUAUUAUCAUAUAUGUUAAUCAUUAGUGUAGGAGAAGGGGUGGGACGAGAUAAGUUUCGACUUCUUCCCAGCCAGUAGUAUCAGCUUUGUGUACAGUCUUUUCAGAAUCAAUCAAUCAAUCGAUAUCUAUUUAUAUAACACCAAUUCACAACAAGUGUUAUACCAAGAUACCAAACAAAAAAACUGGUCUAGACCAAAUUCUAUUUACGAAGACCCAGUGUAAAGGUGGGAUAAGAUUGAGCCACAUCUGCUCGAGGUAGAAACCUUGAGUAGAACCAGACUCAUAUGAGACAGUCAUCUACUGCUACCACACUAGAAAGGGGAUAGAGGAAGACGCAAAACAUCUACAGCAGCGGCACUAAAGGAUGAUGGACUCGCAGAAAAGACUGUGUAUUAGUGACUCUAAUGGGUCAUGACGAUUCAAAGUUAACAAUAAAGACAGAAAGAGGAUGGAGAAGGAGGUAAAGGUGCUCACUAUGCCAGAGCCUAAACCUUUGGCAGCUUCACUAAGAGGUGGCCCAGGCCUGAACCUGCUCUGACUGUGAGCUUUAUCAAAGAGGAACUGUUUGAGCCUACUCUUAAAGUUAGAGAGGGUGUCUGAAUGUGUGUGCCUAGAAGAGUUGAUUGGAGGCGUGUACACUCUUGCUCAGUGGUUAGGGAAAACACUGGUGGGUAGAAUUUAGAGGCUUUUGUUUAGUUUAAUAGUCAUGGUGCUGAAUUAAUCCAUUAGAAGCAUGAUAAGGUUGAUAAAUAGCAAAUGAAGACAUCCAGAGGGUCAGUGUUGUGAGGAUGGGCAGGGGUAAAGAGUUCAACAUGAACAGGUGUGAGGAGGAGGUGGCAUUCAGGACAAUGCUGUGUAUGAAGCUGUGUGUUAAUCAGUGUGUGUGUGUGUGUGUGUGUGUGUGUGUGUGUGUGUGUGUGUGUGUGUGUGUGUGUGUGUGUGUGUGAGGUCGUGGAGUUGCACAGAAUGAGCCUGGUGCUGUGAUUGAAACCAGGGUCUGUUCCUGCCUGUCACAUGUUUGGAUACACACAGAGAGAAUCUUAUACCCGUUUAUACACACACACACACACACACACACACGCACACACACACACACACACAAACACUGGGCUCUGUUUGAUAGCCGCCCUCAGCUCCUCCAAUAAAAGCUGCGUUCACUAUCAGCUCAGCCAAUCAGGAGGGAUCUGGAUGUAAAGUGGGGUGUCAGUCUCUCUCACACACAGCGUAACACCUCCACGCUGAGUGUGUACAGGGUGUCAGUGACAGACAGGAACUGUGUGAAUACCACCUUCAGAGAGGGGACAGUCAGUGCAGAAGCAGCAGUUUUUAACCUGCAUUCAGACUGAUAAUGAAGAGGUCAAUACAAAUUACACAGUACCCUCUGUUCCUUUGAACAGUUAAAGACACUAACGAGUACAAAAAGUUUUGUUUUGUCUCCACUAGAUUAGUUCAGCCUACAGCAAUAAAAGCCCAGCAGUACACCCCAGUUUUAUCCACUCUGUUCUUUUUGUACGUCUCACAUUAUUAUUUAAACUGUCCAACAGAAUCGCAGAAAGGAUUCCUGCAGAGACAGACCUCUUUGUCAAAGAAAAUUUCUUUUAAAUGGAUGCAGUUCUUGUUAAGUUGUUGAUGCUGUUCUUAACCCUCCUCCUGUGUUAGGGUAGGCACUGGCCUGUUUUUGUUUUUAAAUGCUUAAAAGAACCACUUAAAUUCAUUUUUUGCACCAAGACUUUUUGACUUUGUCAGGAACCUCUAUUUCAACAAAAUAAAAACAUAAAAUUGAAUAAAUUAUAAAAUGCCCCUAUUAAAAUUAUGGCACUUGUUGUGUUAGGGUCACUGUUGACCCGCUUAGAUUAAUAUCUAAUAAUAGGGGCAAAAAACCAAAAUCAUAAGUGUACUGUCAGGCACCACACUGACAGUCCUAUCCUCUUCCAACCAUGCGAGAUUUAGGAAAUUCUCAUUUUGCCAUGUUUUUCCCUGCAAAAAAACGUAGGGCAUGUCCAGACAUGUGAGAUCAAUGCAGUAUAGAUGUCUGUAUGAGAGGUAUACUUGCAAAAAGCCCACUACAAAAAUAUUCUAAGCAAUAUUUUCACAGAUAAUGAAGCCUAAUAAUAAAUCUUGAGAUGAGAACCAAAUUGGAUGAUAGAGAAUUGUUUUUAGUGUAAUUUACAGCUGAUUUAAGACACGGGUCAAAACCAACCCUUAACAUAGUGGCUGCGCAGUGAUAGCUAACACAGGAGGAAGGUUAUUCAAAGGUAUGUGAUCAGCCAGAAUAUGCCAACUUGAGAGUGUCCCUCAGACUGUAGUCAUCCUCAGUGGUGACCUUGCCACCCAUUAACAAGUGCUCCAGUUAAUUCAUUUGAUUUAUUUCCAACCACAAGACUGCUGUGACUCACGUCGCCCAGAAUAGUGCUCUUUUUAUGAUGUGGCAGCUCACUGACAUCAGCCUGCACCUGCAUGCUUAGCUUGAAGGAAGUUGCUCAGAGUCAAAGUACUUCAGUGAUAUUUGAUAUCUGUUUGACACUAAGUGCAUAAUGCAGGUUUUAAAUCUGAAGGCUUUCAGAGGUGAUGUUACAGCUGUCACUGCCUUCAUGUGUAAGUUUUACUGUCACUUUGUGUCUUUGAUGGUUUAAAUAAGUAAUUUAGACUCAUCAUAACAUCCAUUUUAUACUAAAAACAAACUCCUGCAUGAAAUGAAAAAUUCAAGUUUUUCCCUCUGGAGUCUGGUGUGUUUGUAGAGAGUAAUGUAACAGCUGUACCAGAUAGAGGAUCUGUUAGUCAGAGAUAUAAUUAGGGCAGAGAGCUUUAAGAGUAAUCAAAGCCAUCAUCUGACAGUUACAAGGAUUUCAGUUUUAGUGGAACUCAGUGGAGUUUUUUCAGCCACUCACAUAUUCAGUCCUGUAGUACAGUCUACAUGUGUAUCAUCAGAAUAGUGGAAAACAACAGAAUAGAGAAUAAUGGAUAAUAACAGAAAAAUAGUAUGUUUUCUGUGUUGUAUACCCCAGGUAAACGUGAAUAAAGAAAAUAAAAUUGGUCCCAAAACCGACCCCUGAGGGACCCCAUAGUUAAAGACAUAUAAAGACUAAAACUUUGCCUUUCAUCCCCACCUAGAGCCUCAGUGUGUUUUGAAGAAAGCUGUGAUCAGAGAACAUUUCACUGCUGCCAUUAAAAGAAAAACCUUGUCUGUUUUGAACUCCAUUAAGGUGCAUUGCAUUCGACUUGUAUCAUGGUGCAGGAAUGAUGUUGAAACACAGUCAACCUUUGGAUCCGUUAGUCCUUCAAAAAGUAGUUCCUGGGCCAAAAAGUACGUGGUGCUCCUGGGUGGAAAUGCAAACAACUUUUGAGCCCAGUACUAAGUUACAAACGACACAGCUUUUAAGGCCUUACAAAUAUUACCCGUUGGCUUUAAUAACCACUUACAUUAUUGUGAAAUCUUAUCAUCACUUAUCCGUCAAAACUUUUUAUAGAGUCACUAAAAACAAGCAUCAAAGCGAGUAACCGUUGCAGUCACAGGGUCGGGUUUUAAACAGGUUAGACAAACAUAUUUAGAGGAGAAACGGUUAUAGAGUGACUCUCAGGCUCCCCUUUGCCCUUUUGUUCUUGAGAGGGAUUAUUGGUGACAUUUCAGAUGAGCUGCCUUCAGUUUUACCUCCUAAUAAAGAGGUUUAGAUAAUCUGGAUAAACUCUUGGCUCCAUCUGACUCAUUCUUCUCAACCCCCACUGUGUUCCCAGAUCUCUGCAGCUUAAUCUGGAGACCAAACAACUCAAAAAAGUUACUACAACAAACUGGAAUUAGCAUUUAAACUCUUAUGUCUUUUUUGUGGGGGGAUCUAAAGUAACUGCACAGUGACCUUUGACCUCUCCUUCUCUCUCUCUCUUCUAACAGUAAACCACGGACAGUUCCCGAAGCAGGAGGAUUCGUACGCGUUCGAGGAGGACAGCAGCAGUGAGAGUCUGUCUCCAGAGCAGCACCACAGCGAUGAGUCUCAGAGCUCGGCGUGUCCUUCAUCAGAGGCUGUCGGCAGCACGGCCUCCUCCUCCUCCUCACCUGCCCUCACCAGCCCUCGACAGGUAAAACACACCCCUUUUUACUCUUCUACUUCUGUCCCUGACACUGUUGCACCUCUACUGCCUCUUCUGUGCCUCUAUUGCCCUCCUGUGGCAGCAGAGUGAACUGCGUCUCCUCUUUCUCUCUCCUCUGAUAGUUGGACUCAGUUGAACCGGUCAGGUGUCGUUAUUUUCUGUCUGCUCACCUCCCAAAUACCAUGACCUAAUUCGAAAGUCCACCACCACCAAAAGUCACCAGAUUAAAUGUGUGACUGAAACAGGGUUGUCUACAUCUACUGCUGAAAUAUUUCAACAAACUCAUCGUCUCUCAAAUUCUUGUUUAUGAAUACUUCUGGAAAUGAAAUGUCAAUACACGAGCGUUUUUGGGGAUAACUUUUCCAUUUGGAUUGCAAACUAACGUCAUGAGUGCAGCUCGUCACUGUGACUCUUAAACCCCACAGGAGGAAAACAGAGACAUCCGGACUGAAACCGUAAAAUAUAAAGUAACAACCACUUCAGAACCGCAACACCAAACAUCCUCCACUGUUUUUCUUUUUUUUUUAAUCAGUUGCUUGAUUUCACAAAAUUACGAAUAUAAGUGUCAAAUUACAGUUGCGUUUCAUUCUCAUUUAAAGCAAAAUCUGCCCUAAAACUGAACAUUUGAAAAUGAGACAAUAAUGGCAUCUUUUAGAAAACUAGGAUGGACAGAAAGGAACAACACGUCCAAUUCCUUGGCAGAGCUUUAAUUAUUUUACUCAGUUCAGUUUAAGUCAUUGAACUUGAGCAGCUGCCAAAGUUAUGCUUUUAAAGUCUUGUUUCAGUCUGGCUGUACAUUUUUGGAUGUGUGUGUGGAUUAUUUUCACACUGACUCUCUUCUUAAAGCUCCCUGUCCAAAACUUGUGGUAGGGAGAUCGCACCUCCUCUCUGUGCAUCCAUCAAAAGCUAAGGCUGGUAGAGCAGCAGCAAAGACCUCAGGGACAGAACACCCAUGUGGGCUUUAUAACAUGAUGGUCAGUGGUGGCUCCUCACAGAUUUCUCAGGGGGGGCGAUUGUAGCGAUGAUGACUAAAGUGACCCAUUCAAUGGCUACCACAUAUAAGCACUAGACUGCAAGAUAAAUACUUUCCCUUUAGCCACCUUUGCUACACAUUAGCAGACACGUAAUCAGUUUACCUUUGAACAUGGAGACAGGUAACCGCUUCACCAUUAAUAAAGACAGUUACUAGAUACAAGUUGGCAACAUUAGUAUUUAUUUACAGUUCUUUAUUUUCUGUGACCAUUUCUUGCAGAGCCAACUCAAACACACAGCAGAACUUGACACAGUGGAUUAGGCGGGCUAGGAUAUCUCACCUCGUCAUUGUGACGACGAACCACGAGCCUGUAGCUCUCAUCCAGCUGUGUCGCAGUCUUGACCUGCCCAAUCGCAGAAAACUUAAUGCAACUGUCCGACUCAUGAUGUUUCUUGACCUUUUCCGACAGAUUGCGCAUUUCGGUGACUCCCAUUGUUGUCCACGCUGUGAUGUCUGCCGUGCUGCUAUCAGAGUGAAACAGUGUGCAGGGGUAGCAGAAUCAAGUGUUAGCUAUUUCACAGCCCACUAGCCAGGUUUUCAGCUCGUACCAGCUCUGCGAAAAUCCCCAGUUAUAUGAUUUCCCUCCCUUUGUUGAAAUCUGUUUGAUAUCCAAAUUUGGUCUAGGGGGGGUCCCAAACCACCCAUGACCGUUUUUUUUUUUUUUUUUACAACUAUAACUUAAAUCUUUCUAGAUUUUUUUAUUCCUUUUGCAACCCAAUACUUAAUACUUUUUUAUUUUUUGAUCAGGGAGGUACAACCCAAGACCCUCCUGAUCAGAGCCAGGAUGAAGGUCAGUCUUCUGCCAACAACAGCCAAGCCACUCCUCCAAUACCUGUUCCUGCUAUCGUCAAGGUCAGCAACGUUUACCUCCAUCUUAUAAACAGUCAAGUUUGAAUUUCUGUUUGCAUGUUCACCCUCUCUCCCUCCACCUCCCGAACAGUCAAAGACGUCAGACAAGAACCGCCAUAAGAAGCCCAAAGAUGUGAAGCCCAAAGUGAAGAAGCUGAAGUACCACCAGUACAUUCCUCCGGACCAGAAGGCGGAGAAGUCCCCCCCACCCAUGGACUCAGCCUACGCCCGCCUGCUCCAGCAGCAGCAGCUCUUCCUGCAGCUGCAGAUCCUCAGCCAGCAGAAACACGCUCACACACACCCACAGUCUCAGCAGCAGCACACACACACCCAACACACACAGGCCCAGCAGCAGCAGCAGCAGCAGCGACAGCCGGCCUUCAGCUACCAGCCUCAUCCACAGAGCCAAACACACAAGUAAGUCAGAAAAAAACACUCUAUACAUCCUCACAAAGACUUAACUUACACGUUUCCUUUUAGAAAAUGAAGUUUGCUGUAAAAUAUCAAAGUAUUUCCAAAGCUGCGCCGUAUUUUGACACAUUUUGGGCUUGAAGCUCCUGUGAGGAUUUUUUUUUGCUUGAUUUAAAACAGACUGAAUUUAUUAACUGUGUAUUUCAUGACAUGAAAAAGAAAACAAGGCUGUUAAAAAGAAAAGUGACCAUAUCCAUUUAGUUAGUUUUACUGUCUCUGAAACCACAGGAGGGAGUAGGUGUCAGUUAAAGUGACUAACAGCGCAAAGCUGAUUCGGGCUGACAACUCAAGUAGGGGAGACUGGGGACAGUUGCAACACUUUUUGCUUUUUUCUCAAUCACUCAGAGAUGAUUUGGACUAGGCCAACCAUUUAUUUAUUAAUAUAGUAAAUUUACAAACCAUUCCCCAUACCAUUUAAAUAUGAUUACAUUAGACAGAUUUUUCACAAUAUUCAUUCAAUCAAAAAAAAGUCAACUGUUGCAACCGACCCCAUCCCUGGGACGGUUGCAACACUACUCAGGGACAGUUGCAACAUGUCACAAAUCCAUUCAGCCUCUGAAACAGGUGAAAAGACGGCAGAACCCACAAAGCAAACUGACUCCAUAAUCCAAAAACUAAACACAUUAAUAAAUUUACAGGACAAAAACUGCAACGACAAAUGUGUCUGGAGAGGACAGAUCAUUUUAGUAGAGACAAGCCUUGAUUAAAAUUCAUCUGCUAUAAAGUGUAGGUGCACGACCUAUGAGUCUUUGAUACAGCCAUUGGUAGAGGAUGUUAUUUUUUAAUGGAGGAUGUCUCUUUAUGAAUUGUUUCCUAUUUGAUUUUAAUAGUAUGAUAGAAUUAAUCUUCUUUAAUUCUUCCCUCACAGAGGCAUGAAUGAACAGCUCUCAGCCUGCAGCUCCAGUGGACCGCAGAGCCAAACUAACAGUAACUUGUCCUCACCGGUGAAAAACUCAUAUCCAAACCAGAGCACCAUCUCACCGGUUAAGCCCGGACCGCUGCCAGCUAACCUGGAUGACUUAAAGGUAGGUGUUACACUGUGAAAACUUGGACUUUUGCUCCAUAUAUGAACGUGUCACAAACAUUAACCUCACUGUUUGUUUGUUUUUUUUUUUCUGUGUCAGGUGUCGGAGCUCAGGCAACACCUGCGUAUCCGUGGCAUGCCUGUCUCUGGCACAAAAACCGCCCUCAUUGAGCGUCUCCGACCCUUCAAAGACUCCAACUCUGGCUCCUCCCCCUCUGGAUCCUCUGACAUCACCACUGUGACCUUCCCCGUCACACCCACUGGCUCCUUGUCCUCCUACCAGUCCCCCUCCUCAUCGAGCGCCCUCUCCCAGGGAGGCUACUACCCCUACCCCAGCACCUCCUCCACCCCUCCCAUCUCUCCUGCCUCCUCGGAGCUCUCCCUCAGCGGCUCGCUCCCCGACAGCUUCAGCGAUGUGCCCAUGUCCUCGCCAGCGCAGUUUAACCUGCAGCCAUCCCCCACCCAGCUCAACAUGGAAGAUGGGGGACUGGGGGGAGGAGGUCUGGGUGGAGGACCACAGAGAGCAGGGGAGGGUGGAGGUAUGGAUGGAGUAGAGGCAGAGAAAGACAAGAUGCUGGUGGAGAAGCAGAAGGUGAUUGAGGAGCUGACGUGGAAGCUCCACCAGGAACAAAGACAGGUAAGAGAGAGUAUUUCAGAGUCUUUUAUUUUGAAGGUUUAGAAUAAACUGCAGUUCUUUAAGUGGCCACUUGAGGCUGAUUUCAAAAGUUCAAGUUUCAGUUUAUCACAUAGAGUGUAUAUAGAAUGGACGCUGUCUGCCGCCUCACUGGGUGAAGCGACCACGAGAACAGCACCCUCUGGUGACGGGCUGCAGUAUAGGUCAUAAAUCCCGCCUCCGCCAGCAAAGCUUAUGGGGUUGUGGACAAACUUAAGAAAUUUUAGAAACUUUAGAAACUGGACAAACUACCAGCGACUCUGCUGCCGAAUGCGCACAAUGCGACUGCGCAAUUGGUGAAGUGCGUACAACGCUACUGUGCAAUGUUGGUUUCAGGAAAUGGAAACAUGGGGCUCUAUGGUAACUGACUCACUUUAGGAGCCAGCCUCCGGUGGACACUCUUGGAAUUGCAGUCUCUGUAACUCUAACUCCUGUUAAGUUUAAUGUAUUUCAUGAGACAAUUAACGAGAUGUACAUUUUAGUAGUUAUUGACACAUGAUCUGCUUACAUGCUAAUUUUAGGUUGAGGAAUUGAAAAUGCAACUCCACAAGAGGAAACGCUGCUAUGGAGCAACACAGGACCCCGUCCCUCCUCCGCCCCAUCCCACCCUGCAUCAUCAGCAGACACCCCCUAUGAUGGGACAGCAUUUCUUUGGAAUGACAAUCAAGCAAGAGCCCAUGUCUUUGACCUCCAGCUGUCCUCUGUCCUCUCCAAAGCAGCUGAAGAGCUCACCUGGCAGCUGUAUGGAGGAGAUGGGACACUGCAACACCCCACUUCCUAGUAUGGGGGCCCCAAGUGGACUACAAUGUAUGGACACAGCCCCGUCUUCUGGGAGCCCCUCCACGAUGUCAGCCUUCCUUAGUCCACAGUGCUCUCCGCAGGACUCCCCCAUUGGAAAGCCUUCAGGGAGCCCCCAGCCUUCAUCUCCCAAUAACUCUUAUCUGCUGACACCUCCACUCGGGAGGGACAGCUGCCAUCACCCCCAUCAUCCCCAGGGCAACAGCAGAAUACGCAGCAUGCAGGUACGGUGUGUUUAUGAACGGAUGAUAUUAAGAGGCACGACAAUAACCUCAGUCACAAUUUUAUUAAGAGUUUCUCCUAUGUUAUUUUUAUGGAGUGAAAUUCAGAAAAUUUGUGGAUUUACUGUUAAAAAAAAAAAAAAAAAACUUAUCACAUGGUCCGAAGAGUGUUCUUAUUGUGCGUUCCAAUUAUCUUGGAAGUCGGAGCUGGGAAUGAUGUCACACCCCGGUUAUCAGCGUUUCAGUUUCAAAGUCAGAAAAAAGUAGCCAACAGCCAAAAACACUGACUGAAACUACCACGCUAAGGUUAGCCGUUUUUAGCACCACCUGCUUUUUAGUUAGCACAUACACAUGAAAAAUGUAAAUUACACUAUGACAGCAUUUACUCAUAUAUACAUUUAACAAUACUAUUGUAUACGGCUGACUUAUUGUGACAACAAAUAGUAAAAAGUGUUAAUAAAAAUGAUUACAGGAGCUUCUACUUACUGUUUACAACCGGCGCCGCCAUCUUUUUUUUAAAUGUCAGCUUAGGGGUUGUGUGGAUCGUCCGACUUUCUGAGUUGGAAAUCCAACCUUGGGGGUCGUUAUAGUUGAAAGUUCCGAGUUGGAGCUUGGAAAUCCCGACUUCCAAGUACAACUGGAAUGCACCAUUAACUCCAUGACUCUUCAACCCGGUGGAGGAAAACUGUACUUUUGCCCUUGACAAAGCCCAAACCAUGAUCUUUUUUAGCCUAAUGAAAUAGAUAUGGUAAUCUAUCAAGUUGUUUUUGUACCAAGCUGAAUACUUUGGUUUUGAAAGCCAAUCAAGUACUGUAGGUUUCCUCAGAAACACUUUAUGGCUGAUAUUUGGUAUUGAUGGCCAAUAAAAAGUGUGCUUCUUUGGCUACACUGCCAGCAUGUCUUCCUUUUGAGACUGUUUUCUUUGAAUCCCCUAAUGUCUCUACUGCAACAUUAUCUGAUUGACGAGAUGUUUGGUGUUUAUUCCUUUAAACAAUGUUGAUGGUUUCGGUUGGGAGGAAAAGUCUGCUGGAGUUUGUAAUAUUGUGAAUCAUACAUUUUGACAGAAGAUUUAUUGUUAUCUUCCUGUGUAGCUGUGGUACUUUACCGAGUAAUUGUGGUGCGUAACCACUUGACCAUUUGUGUUUGUCUACAGAUGCAUCAGAAGAACAGUGGCCAGCCAAUAAACUGCUCCUAUCCUCCUGACCAAAGAGGUCUACAGGGAGUCUUUCCAAACUCCACAGAGUGUGGUCACAGCAGCUCCGCCAAAGCUGACAAUCACAACAUGCAGCCAAAGGUGAGCGAUACGUCAACAUUCAGGUCCUUCACAAUGUCGUGUUAGUGUCAUGUAUUCAUCACCUCACGUUCACGUAACUGUUUUUCUUUUUCUAUUAAUUUGUGUGCUGUCUCUGACACCGUAUGAUUGUCUUUGUUAUGAGGUUCAUCGUCACUUCAUCUGUCUUCAUCACAUGCUCCUUCACGUGUUGGUGACUUUUUCUCAGAAAGAUAACAACGCCAACCUUUCAUAAUAAAGAGGAUCUUUAAUAUGAUGAGAUUAUCUGAUCAUGAGGCCGGAUUCUUAGAUACUUUGAACCCCCUUAACAUACUAGUGGGCUAAUGUCACUUUUCACCUAUGUUUCAUGUAGAUGUCAGUAUUGCCCUCCCCUCGGCAUGUUGGUCCAAAGGGCCAGGUGUCCCCCCCUGCCUUCAGUAGCUCAGAUUCAGAUGACUUAAGACAGCCCCCAUGCUAUGAGGAUGCAGUCAAGCAGGUAAACUCAAAAUCAAACCAAAUUCAAUAGACAAUGGCUGUUCAGAGAUUUGUAAUCUAUUGGCGUUGCUCUAAUUCCACUUUCCUCAUCCUGUCUCCUGUUUCUUUUUUGUCUCCAUCACCUCUUUUAAUUAUUCAUACGCUUCUUCACAGCACUAACUGUCCACCCUUUUAAAAAGUCUGAAGCAGUUUGUUGGUAAAGUGGUACAAACUAUUUUUGAAGGCAGAUGUAUCUUCAUUGGUUCAAACCUUUUUUUUUAACCAUGAUGUUGAUAAUAUAGGUUAGCCAAUCCAUCCAUUUGAGGCCAAUUUCUCUUGACAUCACACUCAGGAUUGCAAACUCUCAUAUUCUUACACUAUUGUUAUUCCAGUUUAAUCAAUACAAAUUUUCUGUUUCCGUAUUGAUCAACAAGUUUAAUUUUAAGUUCAUGACUAGGGACUUGGCAGCUAUAAUAUUAUGUUUGGCAACUUCCAAAGUUGAAAUUGAACUGUUCCUUGGCUGAUAUCUACGUCUUUGAAAAAGCAACUUUAACUAAACAGAGCUAAUGAGUGAAUACCAUAGACUGUAUAUAGAAUGGAUGUCGUCUGCCUCCUCGCUGGGUGAAGUCACAGUGAGAACAGCACCCUCUGGUGACUGGCUGCAGUAAAUAAAAUCGCAUAGCUGACCUGGGGGAUACACUGUUUGAGCCGAGCAUCAUCACAGCGACUCUCAGCAACUCUCCUGCUGAAUGCAUGCAAUGCUACAGAGCAAGGGGUGGUUCCAGGAAGUGGAGAAAAUCCUGGAAAUAGCUAGAGCAAUUUGGCUUCAAAUUCAAAUAAUGAUGGAAGGUGGAGCCAAGUUGUCCAUAGUAUAUUCAUUCUAUGGUGAGAUGCUUUCUGCCUCUUCAAAUAGUCACUGUUUAUUUUCUUGUUAGCUACUGGUCAAUUAAGUGGCAGUAAAAUUAAGAUUUUUUUCAGUAUCCCUGAAUUUGUACCAUUUCUAAAUUGGGACACAGAUGAAUGUGAUGAUACCGUGCUACCUUCUAAGUCUUGGGGGAUAUCAAAGAAUUAGCUGAACUAGACUACAAGGUUCAAGUGCCAAGGCCGCUAGGGCAGAGCCCCAUAGCGGGGGGUUUUAGCCAAAAUCGCGUUACCUCUGUCAUUUUCAAGGGCUUUUCUUCUGCAGAGCUCCAGUAGCUCAUUAGCAAUUUGCGUCUGAGUCGUGGGCGGAGACAGUGCUGAUCUGCACACUCCUCUUCACGCUAGCUUGCAGCCUAACAUUACUUGUGCAGCAGAAGUUUCUGGUAACAUAGGAGCUAUUUAGCUCUUGCACACUAAUAUCUUUAGGGACAUGAUGAAAGCUAAUACUAUAAUUAGCUUUCUCAAGAGUAUUGCAAUCCAUUAAUGCACAUGCGUGUUCCGCGAUUUUCCACUCUAUUUCUCAGUGUGACCUGCAUAGUGAGGCUCUGGGGGCGGAGCUUGGAUUUGUGAUGUAGGAAAUCUCACUGUGUCUGCACCUGCCUUUUGGGUCUGCCUGAGAUUCACAACGAUUUGAAUGAAGAAAUACUCAGGAAUGCAAUUCCACACUAAUUUCUCUCAUGAUAUGUCCUGUACCAUCAGAAAAAUGUCAUAUGAACAUGUAGACAACAAGAAAAACAAGAUUUUCACUGGAGCGGGUCUUUAACCAAAGUCAGAGAUCGAGAGUAUUUCAGGUGAUGUCUUGUUUAGGCUUAUUUACCAAACAGGAUUUAUAUUGGAGGGUUUUUUUGUCCUCGAUUGUUGUCAUUUUUUGAGUCAUUUUAGCCAAUAAACCAGCCUGCCUUCAAAAACAGUUUGUGCUGCAUAAAUCUGCUCUGCAACUCUUCAUAGACUGCCUGAAAGCUUCCAUACCUUCAGCACAAUCGUGGAAUACAUCUGAUUGUAAAACAGUUGGAAAGUAUUCAGUUUGUAAAAACAAUCACUUUUUAUUAUUGUUACAGCAACUGACCAGAAGUCAGCAGAUGGAUGAGCUGCUGGACGUGCUCAUAGAGAGUGGAGGUAAGGUCAUUUAUACCGCACUAUCACCAGAGCUAGAGCUGCACAGUCACGGUGUUCCCCCUCAGCGGGGUCAGAUCAGAACCUGCUGUGACCCUCCCUCGUCUCCUCUUUCUCUUCAAGAGAUGCCCGCUAACGCCAGAGAGGAGAGGGAGAGGUCCUCUGUAACCAAAGUUGUGCCUCACAUUAAUGUGUCCCCAGGGUGCCCCGGCCUCCUCAUCCCGAGGUUCCACCGACACUACGAGCACCUGAGCCCCUCCCAGCUCCCCUACGACCACUCAGCCAAUCACAUCACAGAGAGCCACCUGGAGAACCUGCUGGGAUGCCCGGUCGGUCGGGGAGGGGAAGUGGCCCUUCUUAAAAUGGCAGCUGAGGAAGGGGGGCAGGAAGAAGAAGGGAACAGAGAUGGCGAAGGUUACAGGAGCCCCCACAACCACCACCGCCACCCACACCACCCCCAACAGGACAAAAUGAUGACCAAGAGAGAGCUCAUGGACACGCCUCUGUCGCCCAUCAGCAGCAAGGUGACGAUGGUCCCUGAGGUGCAGGGUAUGGUUAGCAUGGCGUUCAGCGAGACGCCAUGGGAGACGAUGGAGUGGUUGGAUCUGACUCCGCCCAGCUCGGCUACAGCUUUCAACGUGGCUCCACCCUCUGGGCCGAGCAUCUUCAACACAGAGUUUUUGGAUGUAACAGACAUUAACCUGAACUCUGCUAUGGAUCUCCACCUGGAGCACUGGUGA